CGGGUGUGAACUUCAGUGUGUGGUUUACAACUUUACAGUCAGUUAAGAAAGAAACUCACCGAGAGAGAGCAGCGGCAGCAGUGGCAGCUUCCUUUCAGACAGAGGAAACAAGGAAGUGAAGAGUUGAGUGACUUCCAGUUGUUUUCCGCCGGUAAGUCCCCGUGGGUUUUUCACGCUUUCUGCCGUCUGACCUCUCGGCGUGGUGUCUCAGGAAAACUGGAUUUCUUGUGGACUCGGUAAGCAGGAAAGUCCUUUUAGUCCCUUUACUGCACCCGUGUGUGAGUCUAAGGCGGUUUAGGAUCGAUUUCUGUGUUUUUUGAGCGUGUUUUCCCCCACGAAGGUCCACCAAAGUCUUCAUUCAUUUAGGGUCAGGGUUUCAGGACACACACUGUCGCUUGGAUCAGACUGCUGGACACCUGUAACUUCUGCUCCUGUUAUAUACACUGUUAUUGCAGCAGAAAGAGGAUGUGAUAUUUCACUUUUAUAUAAAGUUAACCCCUGAACACAUGUGCUCCAUUGUGAGUCUGAGUCUGUUGACACACAUUCUGUUCAGCUGCUAACGGUGGGAAAAUGUGAGUCCCUGCUUUAGAGGCUGUUAAACUCUCCGUGCUAUUUUACAGUGUUAUAGGUCAGAAAAAGUGAUAAAUUCUUUAUAGUUACCCCUGUGUCUACAUAAUCAUAUACAGGAUGAUGAUAUCGGACUUUGACCAUAUACGAUACGCCGAUAUGUGACAUUUUUGUGUCUAAACUCUUACAUGACAUGUUUAAACUCACCCUUCUCUGUCAUUGCCUGUGUAUAAAGAGCACAUCAACUUAUCAUCUGUUCAUAUUAGCAUACAUUUUUGUAUCUUGUAGGGCUGGGCGAUAUGAGAAAAAGUUUAUCACGAUGUAUAUUUUUCAUAUCAGUCGAUAUCGGUAUAUCACGACAGGGUUUUUCCUGCGUUCAAAAUUGCGUGGCGGCCGCCUCCACCUAAUUUUUGAUUUCGCUCAACACAGCGUAAAGCUCCAGCUGUGUUGAUUGAGCGAUUAAUGUCCCGAUGCAGCAGCAACGUAUUUUAACUGCAGUUGCAGGGUUGCGCCACUAUAAAGGCGCUAUAUCAACAGCAGUGCACCGGAAAGACCUGAAGCAUCUACCGAAGAAGAAACGGAUCGAAUCGUGUUUUUUCAAGUUUUUUUCCCGCUAGUUGGUGCUGUCGACGUCCUGAUUUUCCCUGGUGGAUGGUACAAACAGGUAAAUACUGCUUCUCUUUUUUGCAUCCAAGCAUGACGUGUUUAUUUAAAAAAAAAAAAGUUUACUCCGUUUUUAGCGUUGCAGUUAUGACAGGCAAAAUCAGCCAGUACUUUAGAAAGCGAUCUCGCGAGGAGGAAAGUCAAGAGUCCAGGUGAAACACAGCAGAGAAAAAACGUAACAGGCAGUUAAAAUGCUAUAAUUCAUGUUGGUGAGAACGUGGAAAUUUGUGUCAGGUCUGAAAGUACUUCACAAGGGACUGGUGAUCGCGAGGGUCAGAAUGCAGGACAGGACGAGUCGGCGAGGCGAGGGUAAUUAAUUAAUUAGUUUCCAAUUAGGAGCAUAACAACGCAAAGCCGACGUGUACGUGGUUUUUAUUUCUCUUUCUAGAUCUUCUCAAAAACACAGAGCCAGUGGCUUUGACAAGCAGUGGCUCAAUCAAUUUACCGGGCUCAGGCAUACUGAGGAAGGCAUGCACUGCUAUUUAUGCCAAAAGCACUGUGCCCCAACACAGCAGGCAAUUGCUGCCUCCUUAGUGAGACAGCCAUCAACCAACUACAGGCUGGACACAUUAAAAAGACAUGAGGUGACAGCCAUUCACAAAGCAGCAGAAGAGAAAGAGAAAUAUAUUAAAGAUGGUAGUACCUAAAAAAACUCAACUAGUAAAGUUACAAAAAAUAAAUAACAUAGUUUAGAUAGUUUAAGAAAUAAUUGGUUGUCGUUUUUUUUUUUUAGGGAGGACACUGCAGCGUAUACAUAUAUAUGAUUGAAAACACUAUCACUCUUCAUGUCUGUAUCAGAAUAAAAACAAAAAUACUUAAUGCAUGAUGAAUUGUUUUGUUUAAGGUGAAGACACCUCUGUGGAACAGACUGAAGGAGAGGCACUUGGAUGUCUGUUGUAAGGUGGCCGUUGAUGGACCAGACCAGGAGGCCUUGGACUACAAGGAGUGCAUGAGGAGGUUCUACAGAAUGAAAAAGAGGAGGCUGAAAUGUUCUGUCUGGUUGCGAGAUGUGUGGAUGAAGUGUACUUUCAAUUUAAAGUUGCCAGCUGAUUUGUGUAUGUAUAUAGUUUUAAUAAAUGAAUGCUUUAACAUGAUAAUGGUCACACUCUUUUUUGAACUCUUAACUUAAAGUAUGUUGCCUGUAAAAGAAAGUGAAUCGGUUGAAUUUACAAAUACAUGCACGUCGUGGCGCAUGGUCAGGAUGGUGCCACCUCUGCCUCAAUUUGAGCCAGGAAAAACCCUGCACGAUUAGGGUUUGGCAUCGAGUCUUGAGUAUCGAUGGGGACUGGGACUAAAGGUCCUUACACACUGGGAGCGUUUUUUUCGUGCGAUUAUUUCGGAUGUCAGUAUUUUUUUUCAAACCCGUAUCCUGUCAAUACAAGCGUUCACAUCAGCGAUGUUUUCCUGUUAAUUGUUUAAAGUCAUUAUGAAUCCUGCAUAAAUCCAUCUUUUUUGUGUGUGCUAAUAUUAUUACUGAUAUUAGUUUAUUUACUUGUAACGAGAGGGCAGGUCUGUCUAUAGCUGAUAUACUAAUCAGGAAUGCCCCACUGAGAGUAAAAGGUUCACCCUUACAAGAGUGUCCUCAGAGAUUUGAGGCAGUAUGUUCCAAGUUAAGUACAAAUGAACUACACGCGUAUUAAUUAUAAAAAAACAUGUCAGCAGUUUUACCUUCAACACCUUCACUCUGCUUUUAAACAGAUCUAGAGGGACCAGAUCUCUUGAGGUCUAAGUUCUCUUGCAGGAGAUUCCAAGCACUUCAAGACAAAAAGCAGGAAUAAGUCAUGUGCCUGAGAGCAAAGACUGUAGCUUCUGGUGUUUUUGAAGUUAAUGAAAUUACAUAAAAAAGUAGGGAGCAAGUUGAGUGUCACCUUUAUAAAUAAGGACAUGUCGGUGAUUUAGUCUUAAGUGUAGAAUAUGCUGGUCAGCCAACUUGAGCAGACCGGAGGCAGUGAUAUAAGAGAUUAUGACAGUAUAUCUGACUACAAAUAUUUAUGAUUAUGUUUAUAUACAAAGUACAUGACGUGUAAGUCAGUAACAUGUCUAUAAAUCAGUGGGAAAGACAAAGACGUGGUUAAACUGUGGGUUUAAGAAUCUGGCUGAUAUACUGAAGGUUUUCAUUCCUUCCAUGAUAACAGAAUUCAUAUUAAACACUACCCAGUGUCCUUUUUAGAUUCAAUAUACAUUCAUUGGAAAUGGAAAAACAUGGUGUCCUCAAUUAGAAAACAUAAUGAUGGUAUUGGCCUUGUGAUGGUCAGUGCCGAUAUGAAGCAGAUUUGGUCAAAAUGUCGUUAACUGGCCUGAUACUUAUCGAUUAAUCUGUCUGUAAAUGUUAUUGGAAUGCACCAGUGUAUUGACUGAGUAUCUCUGACUGAUAUCGGCCCUGUGAGCAGAUAUCACUAUGUUUGCAAAUAUUUUGAUGUGCAUUCAUUGCAGUAGGAGGGAACAACAAACAAGCCCUGUGUUUCAGCCUUUUAUGAUAUUUGGAGUUUUAGUGAUUUUGGAAAAUAAACAGUAUUUCUUUUUCAUAAAUUAUAUUCAACUACUUUUCUAACCAUUAGUGAAUCACUUUUAAUGUAAAUUAAUCCAGGAAAGUCUCUUAUUUAGUUGAAAAUAGCACUUUACUGAGUUGUAAGAGACUUUUGUGGCUUCUGAACCAACAUUUAUAACAUACCGAUUUGUUUAGGUCACUUAUUCAGAUUUGGGGAAUCAUCAUAAACUAAACCUGAAUCGUACUAAUCAAAUUAAAAGUACCGGCUAUCACUGUGUGUAGACAGCAGCAUGUUAAAUAAUUGAUAUUUAUUACAGUUCCUGCUUGCUGUUUGUUGUCAGAACCCAGUUUAUCUGUCCAUCUGUCGUGUCUUUCCUGCAUCUUUUCAUUAUCUGCUGCUGCUGCUGCAUCAUCCCAGUUUCACCCCAGAGACCCAUAAAAGUUUCAUUUCAUCGUAAGCUUGUAAACUCGACACAAUGAUAUUUAUCUGCAGCUUAGAAGCAGCAGAACAAAGUCCCGUAUUUUCCCAUGCUCCAUAAAUCAUCACCUUAACUCUGCAGAGGUCCCGUCUCCUGCACUGUGGCGUGUUUGUAUUGAUGAGUUGAAAUAAUGGGCCUUGGUUUGCAGUAAACAAGCAGACCUAUUAUGUCCUGUGUUCGCAGUAAUGACGGCUGUUUGUAUUUGCAAACAAAGCUCAUUUCUCCAGUGCUUGGUAAAUAUUGAAUUAACAAGCUUGUAGGAGCGACUGUAGCUGCUGUGUCCUGAUAACAUCACUGGCGUGCUAUCUGACGCUCAGGGUGGGGUAACUGUCUCAGGGCUCGGGUUUGGGUCCAACUUUGAUAAGUGAGCGCACGUGUACAGUUAAAGAAGUAAUCCUGAAGCUUAAGAUGUCCCCUUUGUUGUCUUUUUCUUUCCAGGGAUCUGCACAAAGUUUUCCAAUCAAACCCCGAUGUGUUACUCUGUAAUUGACAGGCGAGCUGUUGCCAUGAGCACAGGGUGUCACAGUGUUUUUUUCAUUAGCCGCUUUAUCAGAGAAAUGAUAGAGAAUAGGAGUUAAUGAGCAGCUCCCCCCUCACCGGUCAUAAACACGACACAGGCUUCCUGAGACAGACGGUCUCAAAGGUUAAAAGCCUUUUAUUGGAGCCUGGUUGUUGAUCUGCGGCCCUGCAUUGAUGGCGGAGGUGACUCAUCCAUGGACGGCCGCCUGCAGGUGACGUCUGGGGAUGUUUUUAAUCAGACCCCUAAUUCAUUUAUGGGUGAUACAGUAUAAAGGCAGACAGGAGACCACCUGACACAAUGAUUUUUGUCUGGUUCCUCCGCCUGCCGUCUCCUCGCUCCGUUUCAUCCAUUUAAUCAUUAAGACAUGAAGUCAUCCAUGACUUUUACCGACCUCCAUUUGCAUCCAAAAAAUGACAACAUCUCGUCAGAAGAUUGGACACAGCUCAUUGCUCUGUAAUGACUGCAGAUGAGGGUUGACUUCAAAAACAGCCGAUCGCAAUGAGAAGAAAUGAGAGCUGAGAGGAGCGUUAUACACGAGUUUGAUUCCUUUUGUUCAAGCAUUUUCUUAAUCGUUUUUUCUACAUAUCUUAAAUGCAAAUGUCGUGGUGAAGAAAGAGCUGAGCCGUAAGGCGAGACUCUAGAUUUACUGGUGGAUCUACGUGUCGAUCCUCACCUAUGGUCAUGAACUUUGGGUAAUGACCGAAAGAACAAGAUCGUGGAUACAAGCCUGAGACUGGGGAGGAAAGGUCACAAAUUAAAGAGAAUUUCUGGUAGGGCUGGGUGAUAAAACAAAACUGUACCGAUACUGAAAUUUACAACAAUAACUGACGUCAUUUUGCCCAUAUCGGUAUAUUUGGUGUCAUAAAAAUAAAUAAAUAAAAAUUAGUUUUGGAUGUGUGUAGGUAGGCUAUGGUCUCAUGUCCUUAUAAGACGUUGUCCCACAUCAGAGACGUGACUCCACCUCAUCCAGUCCGUAACAAAGAGGAAAAGACAGGUGAGGAGAUGGAGGACGGUUCAAAAGUUGUAGCAGCAGAAGUAGACAAAGUUAAUGUGGGAGGGGCUGAGCAGCUUGUGGAGAAGUUAUCGUCCAUUUAUGGUUAUUGAGGUGAACUGCUCAAUAUAUCGAGAUAUUGAUUUGAGGCCAUAUCGCCCUAGUUGUAGCUUGAUUGAUAUCUACUGUCACAGUGCUAUAAUGAUCUACCACAUGAAUGUAAACAAGCACAGAUGAUAGAUUUUACCUCGUCACAGGCCACCACCAGCCAGCGGGGAAGAUAAAGUUUGUAAUAGAUUUAUUCAUCUAUUCAUCGUUAAGUGUUUUCGUAAGUUUUAGAGGAGUUAAUGAUGUAAAUUAAAAUUUUCAGACAAGUAGGAAUUUGGUCUCUUUGGACGUCCAGGAUUAGGAGUCAAACAUGCAAUCAGUAUGAUGAGGACAGUGGAGACGAUGGAGAUGGAAGAAGAAAUAUUUGUGCCUGGCUUUGAUUUGAUUUGAUGAUUUGCAUUUCGAAAGCAUCCUCAACAAUGAUUACAGACGUGUUUCCCAGUUUGCUUUUGCAGAAAUCUUUGUGUCCUCAGUUUGUGCAACAGUAGUAGGACGCAAGACUUGUGUGCUCUCCGUGGACACGGUGGGAGAUGAGUUGAUUUUCCGUGUAAAUUGAGCUUCACAGUUUCGCAAAAGAAUUAUAAGAAUGCAAAAUUGAAGUGUCAAUGUUGCCGAGUCAUGAGCGAUCGAGGACAGUCACAACACUGUCUGAGUAUCCGGCAUCAAGUUAUUUUAAUCAAUAAAGUCAGCAGGUUUAAUGGGUUUGGAUUCACAGUCUGGAUGAGUGGACACUUUCCCCUGCUGAGUUUUUUACAGCGUGUGUGUUCAGGGUGGGCUUACCCUGCUUGUAGAGGAAAGGUCAUGUCAUUGGUGUACUGAAGGCAGAAUCAGCGGCGCCUUCUCCCCGCAGUUAUAGGUAUGUAUUUACAAGUUUAUCCUCUGUUAGUGUUUUUCGACCCCGGGCCAGCAAGAAGGGCUUCCAGCUGGUUUAGUGCAGCCUGUCAUCGCCUCACAGGUUAGUCAUGAUGAGUUAUCUUGGGGUAACGUAGUAGCAUAUGGCACCAAACACCCGUGGCUUGGCCAGUUUGCCCCCCUACCUCCCUGCAGAAGAGGACACAGUUAUUUCUGGCCAUCAAGGUUAGAAAGGGUCACGUGGGAGAUCUGGUGGAGGUAUGUGCUGGUAGACAGUCCCAGUUACAGGAGGACCGUGUUCAAUCUGAAGUCGCUCGGAUGUUUAAACGCUGCCAGUAAAAGAAAAGUUUUACUGUAAGAGAGUGGAAGUGACUUUAAAUAAGUUCUUGUAGUCAUUCGAAGAGCGCCUGGAGUGCCCAGUCGGCGACCGAGUGGUGAUAUGAUCCAUCCGUCUGUCCUGGUGGCUUUUCCCCUCGAGUCAGCUGUUUAGCUCGGGUUGAAGGGUCAGGGUGGCGAUGGUGACGGUGUUUGAAGUGAGUGUGAAGGGGGUGUUUGACUAUAUCGAUGAGUGACACAUGAGCCGCUGUUGGCCGGGUCCCUCUGUCAGCGAAGGGGCAGGUUUCUACUCCUCACCCGGGUAUGUUUCACAGCAGCAGCAGCAGCUCUCAAGCUUCAGCUCAGUUAUGGGGAAGUGACAUAACCGCUUUUGUUUCUUUGAUUGUGUUGUAUAGGAUCUGAUGUCAGUGAGGGAGUGGUAACACACUCAGUCUACUAAGACUGCAGCUCAUUCAAAUCAAUGAGGAAAGGCCAAAUGUGAGAAAAACACUGAUUUAAUAGGGGUGAGGGGAACUCGUAAUCAUACAACUGUUUUAUGGCUGAAUGAUUUUGGACCCUGAAAUGAACAGUUAGCGUGCAGAGAUUUGAUUAGUUACCAAGUUUGGUCAAAUUUUACUUUUUUAUGUUUAAUUUUAGAGGUAUUGUUUUGAUUGCACACAAAAAUGCAAAAGUUUUUUCAGCAUUAGUGUAAAAUAUUGAGCUGUAACUUUUCUGACAGGUAUUAUAUAAGAAACGAAAACAACAUCCUUUCAAGACAUCAAUUAUACUUGAUAAGACAAAAUCGUUUUGGCAGCUCUGGAUGUGUUGGAAAUUGCGUCUGAUUUCACAAAUCUAAAUGACGGACAAAAAGAGAUUUUCAGUGGUAUUUAAAGAGCAGUUUUAGAGAAACAGCCUCAAACUGAAGAGAAAGAACAUUCAACCAAGACAAAGUCAGAUAUUUCUCUUUGCACUGAUUCAGAAAUGUCAUUAUGUUAGCAAGUGAAAAACCAUGACGGUACAGCAGAGUUUAAUAACAUUUUAAAAAUGAAGAUUUGUGGAGUCUACUGUGGAGAGACUGGGGAGGAAAGAUCAUAAAUUAAAGAGAAUCUGUGGUAGGGCUGGGCGAUCAACCAAAAAUUUACCUUUACCAAAAUCUAUGACAAUAAUCUGUUGAUAAUUCGAGGCUUCCAUAAUGACAGGCACAAAAUUCUGGUCCUAUGUUAUUUAUCAGAUGAAGUAAAGUCACCUGUCAGUAUCCAGUUUUGUAGCUAGGGCUGGGCGAAUCAUGUGUUCGAUUGAAUCAGUUGAUCAAUUCGGAUCAUGAAAAUUCUUAGUUAUUGAUUUCUGUCCCAAUUUUUUAUGGACUGAUUUUUCUAAUCAUUCAUCUCUUUGCUGGAAAUAUUUAGAUGUACCCAAAUACGUAAACUUUGCAUUGUCUGCUAGGGCUGGGCGAUAAACCCCAAAAAUUUACCAAUACCGAAAUUUACGACAAUAACCAACAUCAUUUUGCCCACAUAGGUAUAUUUGGUGUCAAAAAAUAAAUAAAUAAAAGUUGGUUUUGGAUGUCCCUUUAAGACGCUGUCCUACGUCGGAGACGUGACUCCACCCCAUCCGGUCUGUAUAGACAGGUGAGGAGAUGGAGGACGGUUCAAAAGUUAUUGCGGCUGAAGUAGACAAAGUUAAUGUGGGAGGGGGUGAGCAGCUUGUGGAGUAGUUAUCGUCCAUUUAUCGUUAUCGAGGUGAACUGCUCAAUGAUUUGAGGCCAUAUCGCCCAGCCCUAAUCUCUGACUUGUCUGAAUCUAUCCAACUAAAGCUCCUUCUAAAGAAACCCUGACAUGAGACUUCAAGAAAAAAGGACAUAUAGAGUCAUUAUUCAGGACUGAGCCCCCUGCACAUGUUGCAUAAGAGACUCUGUCUGAAAGUGAAAUAUGAAGCACAGUAACGCGAUCCACUUUGAUGUACAUACAGGAGGACACAAUAGAUAGAAGCGGUCUGGCUGCUCAAAGACCUGCGUGGUCAUGGUAACAACAAACAGCAGCAUGGGCCCUUUGGAAAGUGCAUUGUGCUGAGUCAGCACGGACACUGUGCUGGUGAUGAGUGUGCAUCUUCUUGCCUGCAGAAGCUGUGAACGAGAACUAAAAAUAACCAGAACUAAAAGCCGGCGCAGUGACAGAAAACUUAGAGGAAUAAUGUACAGCAAGAAGAGUCUUUUAUAAAGCAGUGGGAUAUGUUUAGGAAUUUAAAAUAAGUAAAGUGAAUAUGUGGAUUCCUCCUUUCCCAGCAGUGCAUCUAACUUACUUAUGUGGUUAUCAGUGAAAGCAUUACCUGUUGAAUUCCUGUUGCUAAAUAAUUGUUUUAACUCUUUUUUUUAUGAGUAUUUCAGGAGCAAAUAUGUUAGAAAUUCUUUCAAUCUAAAACUUUGAUAACAGGCUGACUUAUGUAACCUAUUUCUUAAGUCAGGAGUGCUGCAAUAACCCAGUUUCCCCAGGAAUCAAUAAAAUGUGUCUUCUUUUGUCUGACAUCUGUUUCACAAGGGUGUAUGAAGCAACCCGGUAAGAGCCAGUCCUCUGAGUAUUUGUUUAAGUUAGCUUAGUUAGGACGGCUGUGCACAUCUACCAUUUCUCAGUCUUUCUGUCGUGUUUUUCUCUUUAUGAAUAUGAACUAUUUACACCCAGAGGAGUUUUAUUUAAGCUGUUUUCCUCUCUUCUUUCUAGGGUAAAGCAAAAAGCGCCCUCAUGAUGGUCAUGGAUCUCUCAGAGUGAGGACCCCGUCUCCAGACUUGGACAUGUUACUUCUCAGAGUCAGACCUCCUCUGUCCUGACACAGGGAGUUUUACAACUAAGAUCCCGACAGUCUACCUCAACCCACGUGGAGUCCACUCCUUCUGAUCUACCUCAACCCUCGCUCUUCAGACACGGGCGCACGUAGCCGUUAUCAGCCAGCUCGCCAGCAGACCCUUCGCUUUAUCAGCAGGCUUUCAGGUGUCAGUCACAGCACAGUCGACCGGUUUCUCCCUGCUCAGCCACUCGUGGUAACACCCGAAGCAGACAUGUCACAUAGGGGUUUGUGAUGUCCGAGCCCUGCUUCAGACCAGGACUUAGACUAGCACUUGGACCCAGAGCGGUGGAAAGAGAAGGACAGGUGGGGCGGAGUCGGAGAGGUGUUCCUCGGUUUGUGGUUGGUAGUGAAGAUGACGAGCAAGACCUGGGCCAGAUGGAGGUGGGCAUGAAGAACGAGAUGUUUCGAGAAGAAGACAUGGAGGAUGAUGAGGAUGAGUCGGUAAGAGAUGACUCCACAGGUGUGAAUUUAGAGGUCAAAAUGAAGAGAUUUAAUUUUUUUAUUUAACACCAAAGAUGAGACGUUUUAAAAUGAUCAUACUGGAAGUUUUAUUCUGAAAGUUUUAUUUGGAAUCGGACUGUGGAAAAAAGACACAGGCUGAAGUAUACAGAGCCCGGUAUGAGAACAUUACAGUAGAUAAACAACUGGGAGGCUACUGCUCUGCUGUUUAUUCCUGCGGCUAUAAAAGGACUUUAUGAUUGUGCUGUGUUAGCUCCUCACCUACUUGUCACCUACUAAUUCGCUCCCUCUAUUUUCUGUCUGUUUGUGUCUCUGUUUCACUCUCAGCAUUUUAUUACCUCGCUGUUAUCUUAUCAGCUGUGGAACAACAGCAAAGACUUAAUGACUCACUAAUGAAAGACUCGUUGAACUCAGGCGAGCAAGUUUGACACUCUCCAAACAACCUCGUCCAAAGUUUUAGUCUGCUAAAAACCAAUCACUUUUUUAUCGUCACAUCUUCAGUUAUCAGUUAAAUUGUCAUGCUGCUGGUCCUAAAAGUCAUAAGGCUCGUUUAACAGACUUAAAUGGAAAAGUUGAAAAUCCAACGCUGGGGUAUGAUCCAGAAUCUGACCCUAGGGCUGUAAUCAACCAAAGAAAUUCUUGGUCGACUAAAACCCUGAAAUUUUCGACCAAAAAUCUGACUCUGGGAUCCGACUUUGAUGGCAAACCCUUCUGCGGCAGGGGACGACGUGUCUUGGCGGGGUGAAAAUAUACUGAUUUCAGCACAAGAAGGCAAUUAAACUUAGAUUGAUUAACGUGGACGCUCUUCAAUCUUCCUGUCACCAGCUGGUCUCCGGUGGGUUGAGCGAAUUCCAAAAUGGUGAAAACAAGGGGGGGUGUUCUGAGACAGGCUGUACCUGUGAAACGGAGGUGGUCUAAAAACACCCCCAUUAGCACUUGGUACGAAAUUAACCAUGGACUGUUAACUGACGCAGAAAAAAAUCGAGUCGACCAAUCAGAAUUUUGGUCGACCAAUAAGUCGACCAGUUCAUCAAGACUUUAUAGCCACAUUUUUUUCAAUGUGAUGUCUUUUUAAAGCUUAAACUGGGAAACACUCAGGGUCGGGAAAACAACCUUUCACCCAGGAACAAGUACUAGCUAAGAAAAACACACAGUUGUUCUUGUUGCAUUAAAAAGCUUUGCUUCCUCCUUUUGUGCUAUAUACAACAAUAGUAGCCACUGUUAAAAUGUUGCAGGUCACAUGACACCUUGCAUCUAGAAAAGCAGUUUUUUUUUGUCAAAAGGAUCUUAACCAUUCACUCUGAUCUCCUUUAAAGCACAUCCAUACAUCUUCUCUGUCUUUAUGUCUCUGAAAUGAACUCAUCAUCUCCUCCUUUCUGUCCCCUCCAUCAGCCCCCAGAGCGACAGAUCGUGGUGGGCAUCUGUGCCAUGAUGAAGAAGUCCAAAUCCAAGCCCAUGACUCAGAUCCUGGAGCGCCUUUGUAAGUUUGACUACAUCAACGUGGUGAUAUUCCCGGAGGAGGUGAUCCUGGAGGAACCCGUGGAGAACUGGCCUCUCUGUGACUGCCUCAUCUCCUUCCACUCCAAAGGUAAAACUUCACACACAAGUUUUUUCAAAGCGUAAAACAAAGGAUUGUUUGUUUGUCCUUCAAUCCAGAUUUUCUCUGCUUUAAUCUCUGCACAUGAACCCUCGGUGUCCUGCAGUUGCAUCAUGUUUUGAUAGAAACGAUAAAAGACCGGCAUGUUUUGAACAAGAAUUGUUUAUAAGGUGAACUUUUCUGUUUGUUUUGUGGCAUCAGAGCCUCUGAAAAAAACAUCUACUUGGUAUUUGUUUUUCUUUGUAUCCAUGAGAGAACAGACGGGAUAAGUUCCCUGUUACACAAAGUCCAUGAAGUCCAGCUGUAAUUAAGUACUUUAACACCCUGUGUAGUAUCCGUACCUUAGAAGUCAUACAUUGGGAAGUUUGCCAGGUUUUGUCCCAGCCGUCUGGCAGAGAGCACAGCUCUUUAUGGGAACUCGCUAGUGGGAAACAAUGAGAACUGGUGGCAGUGGAAACAUCUAUUUAAGGCGUACCAUGAAUGUUGUUCCUCAGCUGACUUUGUGUGCUUUAUAAAGGCAGAGCCACAUGAAUGAGGUCAGCGCACCACUUAAUGUUCAUGUCCUAUAUCCUCAGUGAGUGAGCAUGUGUUACUAUAAAGAGCUGAAACAUCCACCAGGAAACGCUGUAUUGUAGAUCUACAUCUACAUUCAUACAGUGUUUUUGGUUGUUUUUCUGUCUGACUCUAUUUUGUUUUAGAACACCCCACACAUGGGCUAAAAUACAUGCAUGCAUGUACAUGCACACAGUAUAAUAACUUUAUUUAUAUAUCACUUUUGAAAACAACUUUAUUAAGUUCUUUGACAUGAAAGAAAAAAAAUAAAGAUAAAAACAACAGAACAACAACAAAAAGAGAACACUUGGGGGGGAAAAGAGUCUAGACGAGACUAAAACCCAGACUACAUAUUCUAACGAGACAUUAUCAGCAAUAAAAAAACAGACAUUAAGACAAAGACAUCAUAAGAACCUGUGAUACCCAGCAAACACAGGCAUCCAACCACAAAAACCUGAGACUAAGGGGACUGAAGUUUAGAAAGGAAUGUAAAAGAGAAGAAGUAAGAAGUAAAAACAUUGAGAGAAGUAAAAUUGUAUAUGAAAAAUAAAUGUAAAGGAGUAAGUCAGACGAAGGGAACCGCUAAAGUGACACAAGUACCCCAAAAAAUAAAAAAUAAAAAUAAUAAUAACACCUAUUUAUAUAGAACCUUACAACAUCCGGAAAGAUGAACAAAGGGCUUUGCACGGUCAAAUACACAAAUACAGGAAAAGAAAAUACAUGACAAGUGAUGAAUGUCACAGGAUAUCAUAACAAUAAAAAAGGUAAGAGGACACAGAAACAAUCAAAAAGUAAAUGGCACAAAAUAUUAAAAGCCUGUUUAAAUAGGUGCGUUUUAAGAUGUGUUUCAAAGAGUGCCAGGUCAUUGAUAAAAAGUAAUUCAGGGGGGAGAAAUUAAGAAGAGUAAAAUAUAUUGAAGAAGACAACAUCAUGUAAAAGCAAGUCUAUAAAAAUGAGUUUGAAGAAGUGAUUUAAAAGCAGCAGCAUAACGGGGCAAACAAGCACCCCAAGUGGAUCAGGGUUCAGUGUCUUGUUUAAAGGAACUUCUCCAAUAUUAAACUCCAAAUUCGGCACCAUGAGCCAUGCAGGGACUUGAAGCAUAGAUCCUCCGGUUUCCAAACCAAGUCCUUCCAGACUGAGCUGUUUGCAUCCUGAAAAAACAAAGAGAAUAAAAAGACAGACUGUGUCAAAUACAAAACUUAAGAAAACUUGAACAAUAAAAGACGAGUUGUGUUAUGUUCCUUUAAGACGGAAACUGAGAUUGAAGCUCAUUUAGGGGUUGAAUUAUAAGAUGAUGUUAGUCAAGUGAUCGAGCUGCGCUCUAAUUCAGCUGACAUUAAGGUCUAAUUAAAAACCUGUCAGAAGUUAUUAAAAGCCAUAAAAGUGACGGUACAGCCAUCAAAUUAAAGAUGUUUCACAGUUUUAAUCCAUCAGUCGAGUGUUUCGGUGAUAAAUGUCACACUGAGAAAGAAGAGCAGAAACCUUUAUUUGAGUUUUAAACAAACUCAUGCUGCUCGUGACUUUUUAGAUAAAUUAUUUGACCAUAUGUUGUACAAGUUUACAUUUAAAGACUUAGUGUAUCGCUCGACUUCUUCCAGGUUUCCCGCUGGACAAAGCCGUGGAGUACGCCAAGCUGAGGAACCCACUGCUCAUCAACGACCUCAACAUGCAGUAUUUCAUUCAGGACAGGUACAGCCGAGCUAAAACACCUGCACACAAACGAGCAACUCUGAUCACGCUCAAAGACAGAAACAACAAACACCUGAUGAUUUCACAGAUGCAUCCCAAACCCACUCGAGACAGAAAUGUGGUCACACUAAGAGACGGUGUCAGUUUUCCCUCCAGCUAAUUUGACAGCUGCCGGCCUCAGAGAUGGGAUUAAUGUUGAAGUAGCAUCCCUGAUUGCCACCUGCUCAUUUAAAUCGAACAUCUCUGCUGAGAUUCAUUUGCAUCUCUCUCGGUAAAUGCAGCAGCUGGAUCCUUGAUGCAAUCAACCUGUUGUAGCUGUGGUGUUUUUACCCUCAUCAUCAGCAGAGUGGUCUCUUCACAGGAAUGAAAAUAGCUGAUCUGUUUUUGUCGCACACUUUAUAGAUAACAUACACUUUCAGUUUUAUAAAGCUGCACACACAAAAACCCUGUGGUAAGCUUUUUUUAUAGAGGUUGUUACUAAGUGGAGUCAAACUUGGUCUUAAUAGCACAGGUCAUAUACAAGGCAACACGAUGUGCUUCAUUAUUAGAGUAUUACCUGUGAGCUUAUGCUAAUAAAGGUGUUUGAUCCCCUGUCAGGAGGGAGGUGUACCGGAUCCUGCAGGAAGAGGGCAUUGACCUUCCUCGUUAUGCCGUGCUGAACCGAGACCCCGACAAUCCUGAAGGUGAGGAGGAGCUCUUAUAAUGAACACGCUUGUUUACUUUAUAGUGCUGACGUUAAGCUAAACGUCUAAGAGGAUACAUCUGUGUAAAAUAAGACAUAAAGGUAGGGCUGGGUGAAAUGGCCUCAAAUCAAUGUCACGAUAUAUUGAUCAGUUCACCUCGAUAACGAUAAAUGGAUGAUAACUACUCUACAUGCUGGGCUUGGAUAUGAGACCAUACCCUACCUACACUCAUUAAAAACCAUCCAUCCGUUUUCUACUGCUUUUCCCGUUGGGGGUCGCAGGGGGGCUGGAGCCUAUCCCAGCAUCUUGGGGCGAAGGCAGGGGACACCCUGGACAAGUCACCACUUUAUCACAGGGCUGACAUAUAGAGACGAACAACCAUCCACACUCACAUUCACACUAACCCUACUUCUGCAUGUUUUUGGGAUGUGGGAGGCGACAAGAACACCUGGAGUAAACUCAUGCAGACACAGGUAGAACAUGCAAACUCCACACAGAAUCGCCCUAACCCACUGUGUGGUGACAGUGCCAACCACUACACCACUGUGCCACCUCAUCAAAAAACAACUUUAUUUGUUUCUUUGACACCGAAUAUACAGAUAUGAGCAAAAUGAUGUCAGUUAUUGUAAAUUUUGGUGUCAGUAAGUUUUCGGUUUAUCGCCCAGCCCUACAUAAAGGACGUUGUUAAUCCUGCAAAUGCAGCAGCUUCUGAUAGAGUUCUGUUUAGGUUUGACUUCAGGUAACAAAGAAACUUCAAAGCAUUGUCAGCAGCGGUGGAAAAUAUGGUCUGAAAUUUAUAUCAUGAUGUUUUGAGGAAAUAUUUUAAAAAAACAACAUUUCUACUGUGACUGCAGCUGAAUGGCAGCAGCAGUUAUCGGUCAUUUUUCACUGACUUCUUUGUCCAUCUGCCACCGUAGUUUCCAAAAUCAACCUGUCAUUAUAUGUUUAUCUCAACCAGCAGCAUUUGGUCAUCAUGGGUUAGAUGAUAAUAAUGAAGCUUUAUUAUAUACUGUUUAUUAAUAUUUCAUCCUCUUGAUAAAACCCUGUCAUGUUCUUUUCUCACUUGCUAACAGAGAAAAAUGUUGAUUUUAAACCCCGGUAUGAAGUUGACCUUCCUACUCGACUCUGGAAACAAAGUUAGUCUAUUCUGAGUUUGUUAGUCUUCAUCGUCUUACCUCAUCCUCCUGUAAAUAUUGGAGCGAACAGCUGAUCUGUCUAGAGUAAACCCUGCCUGAUCCCACCCUAAAGAACAGGAUAAGCAGCAGAGAUAAUGAAUGAAUAAACAUAUGGAUUAUUUUCAGGCUUUGUUCCGUUGCUAAUGACUUGCUGUAAUUUUUUUAAUCAGAGAGUUAAUCUGCUGCAUCUUUGAGGUUUAAGAGUGAAUAAUGAAGCACAAACGAAGCCUCUUUAGUUUAUUUCUGUCUAUUAUUUUGGCUUAUAGUAGAUUUAAAUUGUGAUUAAACAAGAUAGUUGAUCAAUAGUUUUUAUCCCAGAUCAGUAAAGAUCAGACUUGAUUUGAUUGUAGUUACAGUUUAUUCAGUAUGUAAACAUGUUGGUGCUGUUCCUAAUACGGUUAAGAUCAUCUUGUGUUCAGUAUUUCUCACCAGUCCUCCGCUCUCUGUGCAGAGUGUAACCUGGUGGAGUGUGAGGACCACGUCGAAGUGAACGGGGAGGUUUUUCCCAAACCCUUUGUGGAGAAACCCGUGUGUGCCGAGGACCACAACGUCUACAUCUACUACCCGACGUCUGCAGGAGGAGGCAGCCAGAGACUCUUCAGGAAGGUAGCUGUCUCCCAAACAAUGCAAAGACGGGAUUUAUUUAUUUCUCUGACGCUCUCCAGGGAUUCUUACUUUAGUUCAGAGAGCUGUCUUUGCUCACAUGACUUGUCAACUCUGUGGAAAAAUAUUACCAAAAGGUCAUGACUCAGUGAUGCAGAAUAUAGGGAAGUCAAAUAGAUGACUAGAAAAUUAUUCAUCAUCAUUCAUGCUAGUCAGCAGCAGAAUUAGUCUGUUAAAGCCUCUGUGAGGAGUUUUUCACUGGUUUUGAAAAUGACUUUUCUUAAAGCAAACAGGAACACCAGCAACAAGAUCUGCAAUUUCUAUAGAAGUUACUGUAAGAGAGUACCAGACUGUUAAUGUCAAACUAACAGUCUGGUAAAUAAAUUAAGACCAUUUUCCGAUCUUCAGAGUAGUAGUCUCGCCAGAAUUCAAAUUUCCAAAUAGACAGAUAGGAAAGUAGUUCCUUCAGAACAUUUCAAGAUAUAUCAUUUAAAAGAAAAUGUCAGUAAAACUUGUGUAGGUGUACAAGGCCAUAGGGAGCAGCAGAGUUUGACCUGUCUGUUCAAUCAAGUAUGUAAAGAAAUUUGUAUUUGUAUUUUGUAUUCCACGUGUGUCUCUUUGCUGUAGAUUGGAAGUCGCAGCAGCGUGUACUCCCCAGAAAGCAGCGUACGAAAGACCGGAUCCUACAUCUACGAGGAGUUCAUGCCCACAGAUGGUACUGAUGUGAAGGUACUGUGCAGCUUUGUUCAGUUUGAAGCACAAGGUGAAAUAUGGAUUAGUUUCAUAUUUUGAUAGCUAAUUGCGUUUUGCUAACUGGCUACAUUUACUCUCACUGAUUUGAGAUGAAGUCCUGUUUGUUGGUCCCAGACAAACUGAAAUGCUCUAAGACAUCCUCCUUUCUGUGUCCGUGUGUCUCCUGCAUGUGUUUCAUGAUGGUUCAGGUUUACACAGUGGGUCCAGACUACGCCCACGCUGAGGCGCGUAAAUCUCCGGCCCUGGAUGGAAAGGUGGAGAGGGACAGCGAGGGGAAGGAGAUCCGCUACCCGGUCAUGCUGACCGCGAUGGAGAAACUAGUCGCCCGCAAAGUCUGCCUGGCCUUCAAGGUAAACUUUUCUGAACUUCCUCUUUUAAUAUAGAAAAAAACCCCAGUUAUCUGUGAGCUUAUGGUCUCAUUUUUGUCCCUUUUUAUCUCCUCUCCUUAACCAAACUCCACCGGGUGCCUUUUUAUGUGCCGCUAACAUAAAGAUGCAUUAGCGUGUGUUUACCUGCACUUCAACAAAAGGCUCUCAGCUCAUUAAACCGUCUCUAGAAAAUCUCUUCAAACCAAAUAGUUUAAACACAGACAGCUGGGAAGCUUUCAAAUGUGGAAAUAUUGUUGAUGCUUGAUGGUUUUACAAGAAAACAUCAUUUCCUGAUGAGCUGGUUAGUGAGAGCUGCCAGAGGCCUUUAUUUGUGAAUCGAGCAAACAUUCGAAUUAUUCAUGUCAAUCUGUUCUCGCCCUCCUAUUAUACAGCACAGUUAUUAUCAAGCAUUAAGCUGAUAGGGAGCAUCUCUGAGGAUGAGUCCUCUAACACCUGUCGGUCAUUAGGAGUGAGUCAGCUGAUUUAGUAACCGCACUAGACUCCCAAAUAAACAAAGUAUGAGAUGAGAUAAUCAGUAAGACAAAGUUGUUUUUACUCGAGGACAGAUUGAAUUGUCAGAGGUCUCAAAAGCUCAGUUUUAAAUGUGUGUGAUUUAUUUUUCUUUUAGCAAACGGUGUGUGGGUUCGACCUGCUCAGAGCCAACGGUCACUCUUUCGUCUGUGACGUCAACGGCUUCAGCUUCGUCAAAAACUCCAUGAAGUACUACGACGACUGUGCCAAAGUCCUGGGGUAGGUGACACUGAGAAAAACAUUAUUCCUGUUUUUUUCUAAAAACAAAAAUAAUUCAUCGUCUUUUGGCAGAGCUCACUGUCUGAAAGUCUCUGUGACCCCCUGAUAAAAUUUUGGAUAUUGACAAAAAGCAGCAAUAAAAGUUUUUUGGUUUGAUUUGAUAUGCUUUUACAUACUUCUAACCUUGAUUUUUAUUCAGUAUUAUCAGUUUUAAAACUCACAAAGAUGUUGAAAUAGGUCUCUGGUUUGAUAAUAAACAUCAUCACGUCCUCUGGAUUGAACAGUUUGGCUGUCUUCUCGUCUUGUUCUCCAGCACUGAUCUCUGACAUCUCUGUUUUUUCCUCUGACGUGAAUACUCACUUGUCCUGUUGUCAGCAUAACAUCUGAUUUAGUUUCUGAUUUACCGCCUCACCCUUCAGGCAAAGCAAAUAACGCUGAACGGUCAACGGCUCGUAAAUUUCAUGAAAUGAAAGACACAGACACGGGACAUGUAUCUCUUCAUGAGUGAUGGACACAAACUUCAUCAAAUCCCCCAAUAAACUCAUGUGCAGCAGAAAGAUCUCAUAUUCAGAGAUGAUAUGAAGUUAUUUAUCUUUAUAUUUAUACUUUAUAGUGUUGGUUAUGGUAGCAGCAUCUUAUGAACUACUAAAGCUGUCUUUCUAGUUUAAAUUGAAUAAAUCUGUUAAAUUCACUUUCUUGUAAAUUUGACUUGUUUUUCUUGUUUUGUUAUUAAGUCUGUUGUUUUAUGUGCUUCACAGGAACAUGGUGAUGAGGGAGUUAGCCCCUCAGUUCCACAUCCCCUGGUCCAUUCCCAUGGAGGCCGAAGACAUCCCCAUCGUUCCAACAACCUCAGGAACCAUGUAUGCACUAAAAACCAAAAACUUACAUGCUGAGAUUCUGAGUUUCUCAAAAGCCUGAUCAGAUUCUUUCUGUACUCUUUGUUUAGUCAAAAUCUAAAUCCAAGAUUAUUAAAAUGCUUCCAGUGAGAGAUUCAAGUAUAUGUUUUUACACUCACUAUUUGGUCACUGAUAUGCUCAGCAAGGAGAGGAAGAGGUUAAGUUCAGUAUGAAGAGAUUUAUUAUUUACUGUGUUUGGUCCACUCCGCUAUCUUACCCAGGAUGGAGCUGCGCUGUGUCAUUGCCAUUAUCCGCCAUGGAGACCGCACACCAAAGCAGAAGAUGAAGAUGGAGGUUCGACAUCCUCUGUAAGACUCAACAUUCAGAUUUCUGUCAAAAUGUCUUUUUUUUUUUUUUUUUUUUUUUAUACUUCUGGACUUUUUGCCUUUAUUUGAUAAGGCAGAUGUGGAGGGACAGGAAAUCUGAGGCUAUAGUUCUUGUGUCACUGGUCCAUCACUCCUGAUCUUGUUGCACUCCAACUUUAUUUAUUUAUUUUUUUGACACUGAAUAAACAGAUGUGGGCAAAAUGAGGUCGGUUAUUAUCAAAAAUUUCGGUGUCUGUAAAUUUUCGGUUUAUCGCCCAGCCCUAUGAACAGUAAAGCAACUCUAUGAUGUACAAAAGCUAAUGAGACCAAUGAUGGUUAAACUGAUAGAGUCAAUCAUUUUUAAUGCCUCCAAGUGCUGUGAGGGGGUAUGUUACGCUAAUAGAACAUCUCUAGUCUUUAUACCCCCUGCAAAAUAUUCAAGAUGGGUCAUAUGUUUAAUUGUAAAAAGACAAUAAAAGGAGUUUUAUUUUUUGGUUAGUUGAUAACACUUACAGACAAAAUCGUCUGUAGUUGGAGUUACCACUUUGUCCACAGGGGGCGCCAAAGUCAACAGAGACUGAAAGUUCCUCACAGCACCUUUAAAGAUGAACUAAUGUGUCAAAUCUGUUCUGUUUUAAAGAUGUCGCCAUGGUGAUUUCGACUCACUGUUUUAUACGCCUCCUGAUUGUUUUUGUCUCGCGCAGAUUCUUCGAGUUGUUUGAGAAGUACGGAGGCUACAAGUCGGGAAAGCUGAAGCUGAAGAAGCCAAAACAGCUUCAGGUGAGCGAGGUUGAUUGUAAUCUCUCGUAAAUGCUUCUCCUUUUUCCGCCUGUUUGUUUCCCUCAGACUGAGACUGAAGCAUUUUAUAUCAAAAUGAAGCAGAGCAUUAUGUCAAGCAUUAUUAUCGUUAUUAAGAAACAGAAACCACUGUUGUUCUGUUGCCAUAUCGUCCUUUUAGUUUUUUUUAUUUAUGAAGCCAUCCUCUGAGCUGCCAGUCUCGUCUUAAAUCAGGCGGGUCAGCUGCAGAGACUUCAGUGUUAGUUUAUUCGACUCCUGAAAAUUAAAAAGAUAAGAGACAAAUUAAGGCUAACUUCCUCUGCAUCUACAGGAAGUGCUGGAUAUCGCCCGCCUGCUGCUCGUCGAACUCGGCCAGCACAACGACUGCGAGAUCGAGGAGAAGAAAUCCAAACUGGAGCAGCUGAAGACCGUCCUGGAGAUGUGAGUGAAGUCUGAACUUCAACCACACGCUCUCUCUCUCUCUCACAGACACACACACACACACACACACACACACACACCAUCGUUCUCUGAUUUCCCUCUCAUCGUCCUUCAUCAUCAAACAUCCACUCAUGAUGCAAAAACUAGCCUCAUCUCUCCACUCUCCACCUGGGUCCAGUCAUCACUCACAGACAGAUGUUUAUUCCUUCCUCCCUCCUGUGUCUCUAACUCUCUGCUUUAUCGUUUCUUCCCUCCUCUGCCUCUCUCUCUCUUUCUCUCUUUCCACCCAUCCCUCCUUCUUUCUCUCUAAAAGGGAAUCCAGCUUGAAUGACACUCAGUACGCACCCUCUCCCUUGUCUCUUUAAAGGAUGAGGUUUUAUCACCCUCCUUUUCUUUAGACUUCUUAGACUGUGUGUGCAAAUAUUAGGAACACCUCUCCUCCAGCUGACAUAAAUGCUAAAGCUCUCACUUCUUUAAACCAGUCUGCUUUAAGAUUAGACUUUUAAAUCCACGUCUUCGAGGUAUUCCUAAUGUUUCGUACACCGAGUGUCUCAUUUUCCAUUAACAUCCAUUCAUUUUAGCCGUUAACACCAUACACAUACACAGUUCGAUGUAUAUGAUGUUUUCACUGUACUUCUGUGUAUGUAAAUCAGUGUGUGAUGUGCUACUUGUGUGCAUGAUGUUCUCACUACAGACCAGGUUGACUCUUAAUCUCCUAACCACUUCCUUCCUCACGCCUCCAAUCAGCGUAAACACCCGUUUCAGGGAUUUUCCUCCCGCAGAGAUUUAAAAUAAGUGGAACAGCAGAGUAGUCUUUGAGUUAGAGCUUCUUAAAUAUUCAACCAGGAGGAAGUUUCUUGAAGUUUUGUGAGUUUAAAUAAGUCAGGGGAAGAUGUGUCGGCUCGUUUGUGACAUGCAGUCGAACCCCUACACCGUACAACCUUGAAGAUAACAUCCUGCAGGUUACACCAGCAGUAGUUUUAAAUCGAUAGGAGUCUGACUGCAGACCUCCACUGUGAGGACGAGCUACACUGAGAGGACUCAAGGAGACAAUUUUUCUGACGCGCUCCAGUUUGUUUGAAGUGGUCAUCCCAUUUUGUAUUUUCCCCUUUGUCGAACACAUGAAUACAUAAGAAAAUCAUAUUAGCAUUAUAUACAUGAAAUGAAGCCCCAAGAAAUAAAAUAAAUUCACACAAGACAAAAAAUACAUACUUUUAUUUUGAAAGGCUUUGAAUCGACUUCCAAAGAAAAAAAAACAUUCUCCCGGUAUAUUUGCUUUUAUUUUGAAAGGCUUUGAAUCAACCUCAGACAAAAAAAAUACGCCAAGUAUAUCAAAUCAGCUUCUGGUCCACUCAGUGGAGGUGGGUCCUGACCCUGGAGGUCUGCAGCCAGACCGUCUUGGUUAAAUCUGCUCUCUCCAUGCUGAAGUGCAGUCUUCAUACAAAAUAAACUUUCCUCGUGACUUUUGACAGUCGGAUUCAUCAUUUACUGUGAAUUUUUUUAGGUGAAAGCGUUGGCUGCAACUCUAACUUCUACUCCCUCAAACCACUUUCAAACAUCAAAUAUCACAAGAUAAUAAUUAUUAGUAUCAAUACUGAUGGUCUUGUCUCAUUUCAAAUACCAUUAUAUGCACAGCUAUAAAUUUGAGUCUGUUUCAUAAAGCAGCUUUAAAUGUAUCGGAUACAUUAUAUGCAAAUACCAUCUGUUAAUCAAAGUAUAAGGUUGUGUAGUGAUGCAGCAUACUGCUGUAUGGCAGAGGAUUCACAUUUAACAUGAGACAGUGCACUUUAAUCAGUAGGUUAGCAGGUAGGACAUCCUGAAGGACCUCUCUGCUUCUCUCUUCAAAUACCUGCAGCAGAGCAUGGAUCAGGUGCUUGAGGUAAUCAAACACAAAGGAGACAGAAAGAGUCUCAGUGAUUGCAGGUAGUGGUCUGAUAUGGGUCAAGAACGAUGGUCGGUAUACCUCGGGGGCUGCGUAUACACUCAGGUGGCCCCUCCAGUCUAGGAAACACUGCACUGGUCUGGUGUGACGCCUAUUUAGAGAUCCAGCAGCGAUUAAGUAACUCCAGGUUUAAUCCAAAGACAACUGGAGUUGGUUUAAGUCCCUGAAGAUCACCUUUCCUCUUCAGAUGUUGUUGGAUCAAGCCUCAAAUACUGGGACCUGGAUCACAGGUCCUGUACAUCAGUAAGCACCUUUGUGAAAUCUCAUCCUACUUUGCUUAAAAGUCAGACAUGUGGUUCAGCGUGGAUCUUUGCAGUGGAGUCCUAACCUGCUGAAAACUCCUCACAGGAGCUUUAAUGAGGUGAAAUACCUGUGUCUGGAUCUGAGAGUAAAAAGAAAACACCAAGACAUCCUCGACCAGACUGCUGUGUAGUGCUGUCUUCAGAUCCCCUGGCUCCCUGCCAGAGUUAUUUAUCCUGGUCCAGGGUCCUUCAUCAUGUGGCGUUCGGAGGCGUACUCUCAGCUGCCUGUCCCAUUAAAGACCACCAUGCGGUCAUUAGUCUGCAGGAUGUGCUAAAUUCUUUUCUCAAGCGGAGUGUGCUUGGCAAGAAGAGCCUUGUCCUGAUGUGUGUGUGUGCAUGUGACUGUGAGGGAUUAACCACACGGUUAUAACUGGGAUUGACUUCCAUCUGUCGUGCUUGUGAAAGCAGCCGUGCAAACACUAUCACACCUUCUUUCCUAACGUACACACACACGUGCACAAACACCCGCAGACAUCACACUCCAGUGUCCUCUAGGGGUAACAGUAAUUACCUGACUUAAAGUACCUGCCGAGUGACUGGAUUAUUAAUAAACCAUUAACCUUUACCGGGACUCAGCUGUGUGUGUGUGUGUGAUGGUAGUUUCAGGGUGAAGAAGUUGCCACCUUGUUCUGUCUUGAGAGGAGAGUCAGAUCCUCUGUUGAAUAUGAUGGAAACGUGUUGCAUUCACUUACAAAGUAAAAAAAAGGGAAACUGAGUAAUUUUUUUCCUCUUUCUGUUUUUCUGACAAAUUUUGAUUUUGUUUUUCAUGCUAUUUUUUCGUCUUUCUGUUAUUCAGACUAUUUUUUCAUCUGUUUUUUAUACUAAUUUUUUUCCCCCUCUUUCUGUUUUUUAGGCUGAUUUUUUUCUUCUUUCAGUUUUUUUGACAAUUUUUUCUUUUGUUUUUCAUGCUAUUUUUUGUCUGUUAUUCUGACAAUUUUUUUUCUUUUUUCAUACAAUUUUUUUUUCCGUCUUCCUGUUUUUCAGACAAAAUUUUAUUGUUUUUUUGUGCUUUUUUCCGUUUUUUUUUUUUUUGUCUUUCUGUUUUUUGGACUAUUUUUUUUCUCUAACUGAGCAAAAUACCUCCAAAUUCAGUGAGAAUCUCAUACAGUCAGAUAACAUUAACCACCGUGGCUGGUCCAAAUCCGUGGAUUCUCCAGCCCCUAGAUAACUUCAACUACAGGGUCAAUGAGAGUAAAGCAUGUUAUCAGUUAAACAGAGAGUAUGCAAAUCCUGAGGUGACUGCGCAAAGUAGACAAACUUGUGACAAUUUCAUCUUUCUGAUUUAAAGAAAGGAGUACCUCCCAGUGUCUCAAACCCAAAAGAAAGUAAAACUUGAUUAAACUAAAUAAGUGGGCCGUGUUUGCUUUCAAUAAAUCGAGCAGAGGGGGCUGAAAGCGCCUGUUUUUAAAUGAUCAUGAUCCCAGAGAAAAGGAAAAACAAUUAGUCUGAAAAACAAAACAAAAAAAGUCUGAAAAACAGAAAAGAAAAAUAAAAUUACUCUGAAAAACAGAAAAAAUUAGUCAGAGGAACAGAACAAAAAAGAUUACUCUGAAAGCCCCUUUUUUUGUUGAAUGCAAUACACUUUCGUAGAAUAUGAAGCUAAAAGCUGGAAAACUGGAUACAUUCUCUCUCUGCAUGUAUGUGUGUGUGUACUGUCUGUGAAUGUGCACAUCAAAAUGUGUCUGCUUUGUGUGUAUGUGUGUGUGUGUAUGUGUGUGAAUCUUUGUCUCCAGGUACGGUCAUUUCUCAGGUAUCAACAGGAAAGUCCAGCUGACGUACCUGCGCAACGGCCAACCCAAGGCAUCGAGUGAAGAAGAGGGUAAUAACAGGAACACAGAUGUACACACAAUAAACACAGAGUACAUGUUUAUACACACUUGAUUACAAAAUACAGGAUGAUUUCUAAUGAGUGUUUGUCAAAGACCUGGAGUCUUUCAUCGCUCUUUAAAUGGAUGUUUUAGUCGAAUAAACUGCUCCUGGUUUGAAGCUUCAGUUUUGAGUUUUUCAGCAAGUUUCAUCAGUUUUACUUUCUUUGUUACUCAACUUCUUCUUUUCUAAGUGUUCAAGGAUACACCCAGCAACAUCUGAACGUAGGAGCAGUUUAGCAAAAGCAUUAAAAGUGAAGCUGAACACAUCUUUUAUAGAGAACCUACAACCGAAAUAUCUUCAAAAUGAUAAGUUAUAUUUAAAAAAGUUACUCUGCAUAUGCUCCUUAAGAAAAUAGAUCCAUCCAGAUCUGGUUUGGGGUGAAAAGGCUUGUACAUGCUGCAUAUCACUGCAUUUAUUAGAGCAUUCAUUUUGCACUAAAGCCAGUCUCAGGGCUGGAGAUUUUUCUACAUGUUGGAUACUAGAGAUUCACUGAGGAGAAAAAGAUUACUUACUAGUUACUAACAAAAAGGCAUUGGGUGAAAAUGAGCAACAUUUAGACAUUUUUUUAUUCACACUCUGCACGUAAAUUGACAAAAAAUGUAUAUUUAUGGGGCUCAAAGACAAAAUUCCUUGAAGUUUUGAAGUUUAUUUGAUUUUUUUUGUGUCUGUUUUUAGACUCCAAGAAGGACGGUCCGUCUCUGCUGCUGGUGUUGAAGUGGGGUGGGGAGCUUACACCUGCAGGCCGGGUUCAGGCUGAGGAGCUGGGCAGGGCCUUUCGCUGCAUGUAUCCUGGAGGUCAAGGUAACACACACACUCACACACACAUCGUUUGUUCUCUGGUUUCCUUCUAUAUAAUUCAAGUUUUCUUUGUCUCUCUUGUUUUUGAAGGGAAAGUUGCACAAAAAACACUCAAAUCUAUGAAAUGUUGCGUAACUUAUGGUAUAAAAGUGAUAUUCACAUAAAAAUCUUGGUAUUUCCUUGAGUGAAAUUUGUUUAAAAACAUCCCACUAAUACUCUCCAGGUUUACUCAAAAAUAAAAUACAAUAUAAGUACCAUAUUUGUUAUUUUUUCCUGUGAGAAAUCCACCUUAUAAACAUCAGAUUUAAAUUUUUGAAGUCGUGUAUCUCGUCUCUAUGAUUGCUGUGUGCCGUGCCAACAGUGUGCAAACUCUGAAUGCCCACGUGAGGAGUUAUAAAUAACAAACAUUCACAUGUACAGUACAUGUACAGUAUGCAUACUGUAACUGGAUUAAAAGUCUUUGAAUUCCAUGUGAACACACACACCUACACUUACAACACAAACUCACACUCAAACUCACAAAGGCACAACAUCACUGGAGGAGAGUUUUAUUAAAUGUAGUCUGCAGGGAUAAUAGUGACAGCUCAUUUUGUCCUCCCAUGUUUGCUUUGGCUCAUUGAAGUUUAUUUCCAGCCCCCCUCUGUAGUCACUCGGAGCACUGCAGUAUGCAGUGUCAACAUUGCAUAGCUGACAUACGUCGUGUCAACGGGGGGUCGAAGGUGGAGGUUAUUUUAGAGUUGACAAGCCAGACUUUCAGGCUUCUGCAGCUGCUGGAUCCGCGUUUUUGACCGCUCUGUAUUUGCUUUCAGGGAUGAAUGAGCUGGUCUGAAAACACCUCUAUAGGCUGAUGAUCAAAAACAGUUAAUUCUUUAUGAAUAGAACUCACUUUUUUCACCAUAACUCAUGUUUUAUGCCUCAAUUAGGAUAUUUAGCUGUCUCUGAUAGAUGGUUUACAGCAGAUAAAAACUGCCAGCAUCAUAAAUCUUUUAUCUGAGUCAUGGAGGAUGUGCAAGUACUCAAAUCAACAUUAUGACAUUACAGCCUCUAACAAACCACGUGUAAAGCAGAGUCUAUAACCCGUACUUUUGUCACAGUGGUUUUAUUUUGAUUAACGUGACAAAUUAAUGAUGUCCUGUCCACGGAGCUUGUAUUUCACUUUCACCAGAAUCCACAGUAGCCUUAAUAUUCUGUUCUAGAUGCUGCAGUUUGAAGUAAAAUUGGGAUAAACACUGGAAACAAGUGCUAUAACAGGUUACAGUUUUAACUCUCCUCUUCAAGCACUCGCUACCGCUCUAAAUCAUCAACAUAGGGCUGGGCGAUAUGGCCACAAAUCAAUAUCAAGAUAUAUUGAGCAAUUCACCUGGAUAACAAUAAAUUGACGAUACCAAAUACACCGAUAUGGGCAAAAUGAUGUUGGUUAUUGCCGUAAAUUUUGGUAUCGAUAAAUUUUCGGUUUAUCGCCCAACCCUAACACUGCACAUAAUGUAGCACACGGCAGCAAAGAGACACAUCUUUCUUACCCACAAACACUGGAAGUGUAAGUUAGCUUCUUUGAACAAAACCACUUUAUUCAGUUCAUUUAAAAACUUAAUAUUGAAUAUUGAGUUUCCCUUCAAGGAUCAAUAAAGUUCUUGUUCUUCUUCUUAAAAAUAAAAGACCGCCCAGCAGUGAAAGCACGAGUGUGCUAAAGCAGUGAUUUUGUGUUUUUAUCUCAAUAGAAGCUGCCUCAGUAUAAAUAAAGGACUGUGAUUGGUCGAGUAAAUCUGAUACUGAGAGUAAUGGGUGGUCCCAGGGUUGGCUGAUGGGUCUGAAACCAUGCGCCAGUUAUGACCAGAUUUGAGGACAGCUGAUCACACCCAGCCUUAAUACUAUUAUUCUCUCAAGUUCAGAGGUCAUAAACGGUGCAGUUUCUUUUCUCCAUGAGCAGAGUCACUCUUGUUUCUUUCACUCCUGGGUCACCCUUCAAACCCACCUGUUAGACUUUCCCUCUUGAUGCUUUGUUUCAGAGCGCAUGUCAAACCACUCCCACACUGCACAGGGAAGCCGAACAGAAAGCAGAAACACUGUCUGUCGUCCUUUUUGUUGCUUCUUUUUCCGAUGAAAACAAGGCCCUCUGCUCAUCCCAGCCACUGUUUUCAUACUUUUUUUUCCUCCACAAGUGUCUGUUGUCUAUUAACUCUGCUCUUCUCUUCUUACCUGUUGUUGCACUGUGUAAACUACUAGCCGGUAACCGCCGGUCCCUUGGCUGUGAGUCCCCUAUUGACUUUGGUAAGAGAAGGGUUUCCUGGGCAUCUCCGCUCUUCCGCUUCUGUCUCAUCCUGCGCAUUUCUCACUGCGCCCACUAACGUGCUUCGAUCUCUCCUCUCAUCUCAUUAUGAUUUUUGUUUCAUUCCACUUGGCGAAAAAAAAAAAAAAGUCCGGUUUGUCCUACAUUGAGAUUGCUGUGGACUGUUUGUGUCGUCAAUGAUGUGUUCCCCGAGGUGAUCCACCGUGGCAAAUGUUGUUUUGGUCACUUGUUCGCUCAUACAAAGGAGGCAAAAAUUGACAGUUUGUCUUUGUAUGCUCGCGCGGAUCAUCUCACACUAAUCCUACUGCAUUUUUUUGCCCAUGAGGCCUUGGGAUGUUGUUGUUUGUUUGAUGAAAAGCCAGGUCCCCAACAUGUCCCAGAUCUUUUUCUGUCAAACGAGGUAUGAUAACGUGGGGAAGCUCGUGGUGUAAUACCCAGCUGUUUGGCUGUACACUAAAAAAAAAAUGCAUGAAGCAUCAGUGUGAUUUGGUCUGUAGCGUUGGUAUGCAUCCACCUCCUACAGAACAUGAAUAUCAGUUCAUUCAGCAUGUUAUAUGAUCAAGUUAUUAAUACAGUGUCUGUCGAUCUCUCUCCAGGGGAGCUGUCUGCUGUAAUUUGGGGGUUUUGCUCGACGCCUAUUUGCUUCACUUUCACUUCAUGUUGAAAACAGUAGUAUUCAAGUUGAAUUGAAAUGAUUGAUGCUAAAAACAUACUCGAAAACCUGAUGAGGAAAAUGCAUUUGAACUGAAAGUGAUGUCGCACCAGCAAAGGUGCAGAAUCAGACGUGUGACUUUGAAUAAAAUGCUUGGUACUUUUGGGUACAAUCAAGACAACGUUUAAUGUUUUUCUCUUUUCUUUAAACUGCCUCCUGACUCAACAGUCUUCAUUAAGAGAUCAUUUAACAGUACCAGCUCGAACCGGGUAACCACGGUGUCCCACUUUGUGUGUGAUCUUCCAGGUGAUUAUGCUGGAUUUCCAGGAUGCGGCCUCCUGCGAUUGCACAGCACCUACCGCCACGACCUGAAGAUCUACGCUUCAGACGAAGGCAGGGUCCAGAUGACGGCAGCUGCGUUUGCAAAGGUAACUCACAAUCGUAUAAACUUAAAACCAGUGUACAACUGUGAAAGGCAGAUUAUAUCUUUGACUUUGAGCCUGGCUGUAUGGUGGCCCUGAGGUGCAAAACAUAACAGCAAAUUAGAAAACAUACAGAGAUUAACCACUGUAUUUUCUCUUUUUGUAGUUGUGUUUUCUGAUUUUCUGUUGUGUUUCGCACCUAAGGGCCACCGUAUGGUUGUGCCUGUGCAGUAAUUCAACUUACAACAGUAAAAAUAAGCGAUAUUGUUGUCACUGAAUUUGUUGUAUCAUCACAUUUUUCUGGUGGUUUUUAAUUUAAUUAAUUUAAUCUUUGGGGGAAAAAAAAUGUUAGGGCCACCGUAAACUCCAUAUUCCUGACAAAAAGACAAAGUUUAUAGUUAUUAGAGAAAACUCUGCCAAGGGGAACAUUUUACUGACAUGUGACAUUUUUCUACUGUUAUGGCUGUCUUUGAUUCCUUUAAUAACACAACCUGAUGUGAUGCAAAAAAUCAGCCUUUGCUUCUGAUUUAUCUCCUUUAUUUUUCAGUCUGGUUCAUAUUUCUUUAAUCACUAAUUUUGCUCAUUUCCUCUUUAUGUUGAACAGAGACAAAAUUUACAGUGACAACACUGCUGCUUCUAUAUUGUGAGUUUUAACGACUGUAACUGCAGCCAUGAGGCGGUGGCCAAACUAGCAGCUUUUUUCCAAGGUUUUAUGCAGAAAAGAUUAUCAACAAGUGAUGCACCUGGUUUCUAAAAGAUGGUAGGAAGAGUUUUUUGGGCAGAGAGAUGCGGUGUACGGCCUUGUUCAGAGAGGGCGCUAAAAUCAAUACAAACCGAAAGGUCUUAACUGAAGCUUUACAUACACUAAAGCCAAAUAGAGAAGAACGUCUUCUUUCUUUCUUCUUUCCUUGAAAAAAUUGAUCUUCCAAAAGUUUUUAAUUUCCUUUCAGCAGAUUUACAAACAAAACAAGGUUUCAGCUCCAUUCAGAGGAAAUUAAAAGUUUAUUUAAGAAGUUAUGAGAAACUAAGAAAUUCCUGCAAAACUUUAAAGAUCCAAAUCCACGACUAGAAAAGUGAAUUUGUGCUCAUUGAUUACUUUUAGAAAACCUUGUAGAGUUUGAUGGUCGUUGAAACAGAUCAGUGUUACCCUGAUUUACUUCUCCUCAGAGCUCAGAUCUGGUAAUGCUAGACUUCAUUUUCACCUCUGUUUUUCCUGGUUUCUCUGCAGGGUCUGCUGGCUCUAGAAGGAGAAUUGACACCGAUCCUGGUCCAGAUGGUGAAGAGCGCCAACAUGAACGGACUGCUGGACAGCGACAGCGACUCUCUGACUGACUGCCAGCAGAAAGUGAAGGCCAGGCUGCAUGAAAUCAUGCAGAAGGACCAGGAGUUUACCGAGGACGACUAUCAGAAGGUGUGUGGUGGACCUGAGGGUGAAACUUCAGCAUCUUGUGCAAUAUCUUGUUUGCCUGCAAGUUUCCACAUGUCAUGUUUAAUCAGUUGGAGGUCCUCAUACUUGAAAUAAUUCAACUUCUCUUAAGAGUUGUGAAAAUAUUGAUAUGUAAGUCACUUUUUUGUUAUGAAAUACUCUCUGUGCAGUGUUUGUUUUGGAACACAGAGUGAUAUUCAGGCUGAACUCAGUGAAAUAAUAAACCAAACAACGUGUCAGAAGCUGUAAAUGUUACAUAAAUUCCUCCACACCUUUCAUUUCAGCUUUGUUUUUCUUCUGGUUUCCAUCAAAGCUUUUCUGACCAUUUAAGGACAUCCUCCCUGUUUUUAGGUUUAAAGUUUCUGCUGCCCGUCCACAGUGAUGACAAUGCUUUAGUUCUCAACUCCCUCCUGAAAAUAUUCUUUGACAUGAUUUUCAUUUACAGCAUAUUUUCUUCUCCGUCUGUCUCUAUUGUGCCACAGUUGACGCCCACUGGCAGCCCAUCCCUGGUGAACUCAAUGAAAGUCAUCCAGAAUCCAGUCGCAACCUGUGACAAGGUCUACGCCCUCAUCCAGAGUCUCAACUCACAGAUCCGCAAGAGGCUGGAGGACCCGAAGUCUGCAGGUAGUUUAAAGCUGUUCAGAGGUGUAGCUGACCUCAUAAGAAUAUCAUGAGAAAGGUCAAAUUUAGAUUGUAUUAGAGAAGUGAACUUUGAUAAUUUUUAGAGUUAUUGCAUGUAAAAUAAAACAUUUUCAGCCAUUUAUAUUUAAAUUUUGAUGAUUUUGGAUUAUAACUUCUGAAAAUGAUUAUCAAUUGAUUCAAAUUUUUUGAAGAUUUCAUCUGAUCACUCAAAAUAUAAUAAUAAAAUACAGACUUUUAGAAAGUAAGCUCAAUUUUACACUCAAUAGUUGUCAGGAAUCACUUUCCUGUGUAGCUGAUGGAGCCUUUUUGUGAUGCUCUGAGAUAGGGCUGGGCGAUAAACUGAAAAUUUACAGAUACCAAAAUUUUCGACAGUAACCAACGUCAUUUUGCCCAUAUCGGUAUGUUUGGUGUCAAAAAAUAAAUAAAAGUUAGUUUUGGAUGUGUGUAGGUAGGCUAUGGUCUCAUGUCCCUUUUAAGAGAUGUGACUCCACCCCUUCCAGUCCAUAUCAAAGAUGGAAAAACAGGUGAGGAGAUGGAGGACAGUUCAAAAGUUGUAGCGGCUGAAGUAGACAAAGUUAAUGUGGGAGGGGCUGAGCAGCUUGUGGAGUAGUUAUCGUCCAUUUAUCGUAAUCGACGUGAAAAUACUCUGCUGCAUUAAAAAAAGCAGAAAAGGUUCAAAUAUUUGUGUUUGCACAGUGAAAUCUCUGUUAUUGCUUUAAAGACAUGCAUCAAUAUUUAAUGCUAAAGGUGACUGUUUUUUUCUUUAGACCUACAGCUCUACCACAGCGAGACGUUGGAGCUGAUGCUGCAGCGCUGGUCCAAACUGGAGAGGGAUUUCCGCAUGAAGAACGGCCGCUACGACAUCAGCAAGAUCCCGGACAUCUACGACUGUAUCAAAUACGACUCGCAGCACAACGCCUCACUCGGACUGGAGGACACACUGGAGCUGUUCAGGCUGUCCCGCGCCCUGGCUGACAUCGUCAUCCCACAGGUCAGAUGAAAACACUGUGAUGAAGUUUUGAAGGUGGUGUCUUUGUUUUCAUUAUCGCAGAGGAAAGAAUAUUGAAUCUCACAGAUUUAAAAGAGGACUAUCUUUUAUUGUGCCUAAUAAUUGAAUGAACUGAAGAUUUGUCUGUCUGAAAGGAGAACUAAGAAGCGCUUAAAUCAUCUGCGGGAACCGAGGAUGUUGAGAGAAUUCUUCCAGAAAGCUAUUUGCAGUAACUUUUAAACAUUGAUUGCAUUACUUUGUGGUCACGAAACCAGCUUCUUUUCCUCAGAGCAUAAAAUCAAACUUUACUGAUCUCCUUUGUGAAAUGUAAGUUGUAAUACAAGGUGUGUGACUCAGCAGUGGGAAUCAAAAUGGACUUUGCAAAUGUCUAAAAACUAGAAAAAAAGUGAAAGUAUCAGAGGAAGAGCGGUGUUAAAGUGAGAGAUGAUGAUGGUGAUGAUGAUGAUGUGUCCAGCAUGUUUUAUUCAUGAGAUAAGGCCCCCGUCCUGUCAUGACCAGAUCAAAGUAAGAGGAUGAAAGCUCCAAUAACCUGCCGUUCCUUUCAUUUUCUCCACGUCAGGAGUAUGGCAUCACCAAAGCGGAGAAACUCGACAUCGCUCAGGCUUACUGCGUCCCCCUGAUGAAGAAAAUCCAGCUGGACCUGCAGAGGACCCACGAGGACGAGGCCGUCAACAAGCUGCACCCCCUGUGAGAAAACACAGCCCACCGCUGAAGUGCACACAAACAUGUUUACAUGUAUAUACAGGCCGUGCUCAGACAGUGUCAACAGUGCGUGUCUGUGUGUGUUUACAGCGUGUUGCUGUCUGUUUGAUAAGCUCUGUGUCAUUUCCUGUCUCCCGGUGUUCAGGUAUUCUCGUGGCGUGAUGUCUCCAGGCCGUCACGUCCGCACACGUCUCUACUUCACCAGCGAGAGCCAUGUCCACUCGCUGCUCAGUGUUUUCCGCUACGGAGGCCUGCUGGAUGUACGCUCACGUUUUCAGUCUCUCAGUCUUGUUUGCAUUUAACACCAGCUUUAGUUUACAAAGAUUUAUCUGCAGAGCAUGAAAGGAAGUGUGUAGGUCAUUAACUGCACAUUAUAGAGAAAAUAAAAAAGUGUACAAAAUUGUGUCAUCAGAAAAAAACUGAAGGUUUGCAUGUGUGACAGUAUUGCAUAAUAUAGUAAUAUGAAAGAGGACCCAAAAUAGGUCCCUGUGGGACACCACUUUGUGUCAUUAACGUCACAUUAUAGAGAAAAUGAGAAAGUGUACAAAAUUGUGUCAUCAUCAAAAAAGAGGGUUUGCAUGUGUGACAUUAUUACAUAAAUUAUUAACUCAUUCAGUGCAAUUGACGGAUUUUUCCGUUUUUUUUGUUUUCCACCAGAGGGCGCUCCUCCCCAACACGUGACAAAAUUUGGGGUCGUUCUGAAUGCAGAAAAGCCAACAAAUAUGUCAUAACCAUGUUAGAGUAACAAAAACAAGUACUCGCCGGUGAGAAAUGUGCCAGUUAGCCGAGUUGUGGAGUGUUUUUUAUUUAUGAGGAGAGUAGGAAAAUGCCGAAGUCAUUAGCCAAGAGCAAACAGUCUUGGUGCAUCGGCUCCCUUGGGCGCGGUGCUACCGUCUCUGGGUCCAGUGGAGACUUCGUCACAUCGUCAGACGACAAUCAAAGAAACAAUUUUCCGGUGUGUCGUUGUGCUGUCGGUGCCUGUACUGGUGUGCGAGACUGAGACAGAAUUCAGAGACAGUCCCGGCGGAGAGGACGCUGUUUACUUCGUGUGGUUUACAUCGCGGCGUCAAAUUGACCUAUCACAAUUGGAUCUCCAGAGUGAUGAGGAGUGGUGUCUGAGGAGGGAGGACCUUGAUGCCACUGGUAAAGUAGUUUGAAGUGAAAUGAAAUAGACGGAGUGGGUUAGAGACCAACUUUUUUUCCUGAUGAAAGAAGAGAAUCACUCCUUUCCUUUGAGAUAAUGCACUUAAUUCUAGUCCAAGCACAAGAUAUUCUGUGGGGCCUGAAAAAUAAGGUAGUUUCGAUUGCGGUCAAUGGUGGCACUGGGUGAGAAUUGCAUAAAUGAACCUGGCACUGAAUGAGUUAAUAUAAAUGAUAAAUAAAAGAGGACCCAAAAUAGGCCCCUGUGGGACACCACUUCGAGUUUUUAAAGAACUCCUGUAUUCUGUAUUUAUGUGUUUGCAUCAACGUUUGUGUGACUAUCAGGAGGAGAAGGACCAACAGUGGAAACAGGCCAUGGACUACCUGAGUGCUGUUUCUGAGUUGAACUACAUGACACAGAUCGUCAUCAUGCUCUAUGAAGACAACAACAAGGUACACAUGAAGAGGGUUUCAUGAUGCCGCCUUGUCGGCUCCACGACUUUAUCUUCAUGGUUUCUUUUGUACUUUUAGGACCCUUCAUCAGAGGAGCGUUUCCACGUGGAGCUUCACUUCAGCCCAGGAGUCAAAGGAUGUGAAGAUGAGGAGAACGUUCCUCUUGGCUUCGGCUUCCGACCAGCUUCAUCUGAGGUGUGUGUGUGUCCCGCAUUUUCUCUCUUUUUCUGAUUUGACAGUUUUAUGAAUCUGAACAACUUUUUACUGUUUCAAAAAGAGCAACCCAAAUAUAAGACUCCCUUUCUUGGAUGAUUCUCUUAAUUGUUAUUCAUUUGACACGACGUGCACUUGAAGUGAGAUGAAUCAGUCAGAUUUCUCUCCUUAAACAGUCUUUUUUUUUCUGCACCAGAGGACGUGUAAAAUCGCAGAGCCUUAUCUAAAAUUAGAUAAAUGAUUUAGGCAAUUGUCUCUGUGUUUUCAUGGUUAUCAGGACUGCCUGUCUGACACUGCUCUACUUUUCAAAAACACUGGCAGUGCGUCGGUGUGUCUAAAAAAGAUAAAAGCUCUCCGGGGCUCCAGAGUCGUUAAAUCCUUAAUUGUGAAAUCCUCAUAUUUACCUGAUUUUACCUAAAGUUUGUCAGUGUUGAUCCGACACAGUCAGAGAUAACAACUCCUUUUAUAAAAGCUUUUGUUAUUUUCCGUUUGUGUUCAAUCCCAUUGGACUUUUCUGUAAUUAAAAGUGUUUUAACUCAGCAUUUUAAUAGACAUAACUGUAGGAUUCACAAGGUAAACUUGUGGAAUGUCGUUGAACGUGACCUAGGUGAGAGGUUUUUUAUGUUUUUAUCCAUAAAUAAUCUUCCUUAGGUUUUUUAGUCCACUUUUGUGCGUGGGAGAUAAUCAUGGUACCUUCUCUUCCUCUCCUCCCCGACCAAUCAGAAUGAAGACAAAAAGCCCAAUCAGGGCAGCCUUGAGGACCUCUGCCAGGACCAGACGGACCAGGCGAUUGCUGCCUCUGAGCCCAUCAACAUCCAGAGGAGGUCCCCCAUGAUCCGCAACCGCAAGACAGGCUCCAUGGAGGUACCGCAGCAUAAAUCAGGACAGACCCAGACCGGGUUUUUCUUUGUUGUAGUCUCCCUUUAUUCUGUAGUGCUGGUUCAGUUUUUUUUUCCUUUUUAAUGUGAAUUGAUUUGAAGUCACUGGAAGCAUCAGGUCCCUGGUUUACAGUAGCAGCCGUCUCAUAUUUAACCCCUGGUCUUCAUGGCCCCACUCAGGUCCUCUCUGAGACCUCCCCCACCCAGUCCUCCAAAGGCUCCACCUCCCACCGACUCUUCCCCUCUGUGUCGCGCCAGUCUCCUGAGAUCAAACCAGCCAUUGGCCUAGGUGGGCACCUCAUUCCUGGUGUGUGUGUGUUUCCACUGUAUAUGUAUGUGUGUGUGUGGAGAGAGAGAUAACGCCAACAGACACACUGACCUCCCAACACAUUUAUCUCCAGCUGUCAUCACUGAUCCUCCUCCUCAUCACAUGUCCCACCUGUGACUUCUCCCUCCGUCUCCGUCUUCUUUGUUUUUCUUUCCCUUUUUUAUUUCCAUCAUCCUUCCCUUCCUUCUCUUUCUCUCCCUCUGAUGGUCACAUAACUUCCACCCCCCCCCUCUGAGCUUAGCUUGGCAGCAGCCAAACAGGAUCAGACUCCAAACUAUGCAGGCAAGAGGUCAGCAGGGAGGGUUGUGUUCGCAGCCGGCUGCAGGAUCUCUGGUGUCGCCUUGAGAGUCAUACAGAUAUCUCCAGGAAGGUGUUGAAGUGGCAGCAUAGGGUACACACCGUCUCUGCUUUUAUCUCUUAUUGACGCAGGAGAGUCGUUAAACUUAACUGAUGAUCGCAGAUUUACUUUAGAGUCAAUAAGAUGCGGAACGUAACCCAUGUCGCAGGUGUGUACAGGGAUAUAUGAAAGAGGAUUAGGACAACGAGAAGAGGAAAAAAUAAUUGCAGGAGGGAGAUUUUUUUAAUCUCCAUUUUGAGAUUAAAGUUGUAAUUUGAAAAAGUGUAAAUUUCGACAUAAUUCAUAUCAACUUAAUGUCGAAAUUUCGACGUUGAUCUAAAAAAUUUAGUUUUUUUAAUCUCGAAAUUAAGACAUUAUUUACAUUUUGAAAUUUUGUAAUCUCAAAAUUUCUACUUUAAUCUCGAAAUUUCAAUGUUUAAUCUCAAAAUUUUGACUUUAUUGACAUAAUUUUGAUUUUUUUUAUCUCAAAAUAUCAACCUUGAUGUCAAAAUUUCGUCUUUAAUCUCAGAAUUUGGACUUUAAUCUCCUUCCUGUAAUCACUUUUUUUCUCCUCAUGCGGCCCUAAUACUCUUUCAUAGGUAUAUACUUAUCUUUGACCGUAUGCACUUUAUUCCUGCUUUAUUACUCCUUAAUUCCAGUUUUAGCGCACAGAUCUAAAACACUAACUUCUGAAGGUACAACCAAAGCACGUACAGUUUGGCGUCAGUCAAAAUAAACUCAUAUUACCUGCUUUUGGCCACUCCUAAAAAAAAGUAUAUUUCACACAUUAAUACUUUUAUAUUUUCAACCCAAGUUUACCGUAUUUUCCAAUUUUUUUGUUGCUCCUCUCUCCACGUCUUAAGUGCGUUACCUCCUGGUCAGUGUUUUAUGUAUUUAUCAUGAGGAGGAAUGAUAAUCCUUACACCAUCCAGAUGAGGACAUUUUAGCCGUACAUAAAAGAAAUUAAAACACUUAAACAGUCGAGAUUAUGCAUCACUGCAGUUGAUGCUCGAAAUGUAAUCCAAGUUUGAGACGUCAGUAUUCAAAUCCAAAAACCAGAAGCCCUAAAAAUCUGGGCUCAAGUCAAACUCAAGUCCUGGACUCAAGUACCUCAACACAGGUCCAACGUUUGCUGUGAACACAGGCACAGCAAGGGUUUAGUUUUAUAGAAAAACAGCUUCAGUGUUUGGAGGAGAGAGCAGAGUCUGAUGAAGUAAAUAUUAGUAAUCUUUUAUUCUGAGCACAAUAGAGAAAACUGAGAUUAAAACACCACUUUAUGAAUAUUAACCUCUGUAAACAAGCACAUAGUCGGCUUAAGCAUUAGUACAGAUUCACCUUAUUAUGGCUGAAAUAAUAGGAAAGUUUGUGCACGCACAGGAAAGAAUUAAUAUUACUAUAAUCUUCAUUUUAGAGUUCAUGUAUAGUUUAAAUUAAUCCGCAGGAUGACUAAUAGCGUUGAGGUAAUUACGUAAUGAUACGGCUUAAAAAGAUACGCCUAAAGAAUUGUAAAAGAUAAUCAGCUCCCAUAGUGUCAGGAGAUUAAAGCGGUUUGAUUUAAUAUAUCAUUAAAAUGAAUCACACAGAGUGAUUCUCUCUUUAUGUUGGACGACUGUGACUUAUAGGAUGAUGCUGGGAGUUAUAUAGAUGUAAGAACGCCUUUUCCAUACUUAUUAGCAGCUGUGUGGUUCUCUGUAUUCACUGCAGUCUAACUGCAUCAUUAGUUUAAGACCAGAAUAUGAUGAAACUGUCAAUGGAAAAUGUGCAUUGUUGCACUAAAGUAGGUGUAGAUGUUUGGGUAGUUCUGUUCAACCCUCUUUCCUGGCACAUAAACACUGUUUUAAAUGCCUCAAAUUAGGGCUGGGCGAUAAAACGAUAAUUAUAUUUAUCAAAAAUGAAUUUCCCUCUAUCAAUUUGAAACAUGGUCAAUAUGCUUUUUCGAUAGCCAGCAUUCUGAUUAUACGAAUAGCCAAUGAAAAGGGGAGUUGCUCCAGGUCCGCUUCGCGCUGAACCAAUCAUGUGCUGAAUUAGAACCAAGUAGCAAACAACUGCGUAGUAGCAGGCAGCAGCUACACCCAACCAUAGCACUUUAACACGUGAAGCCGACAGCACUGUAGGUGACAUCGUCGACAAUACUGGCACGAAAACGUCAGUGGUGUGGCGGUAGAGUAAUGAACAGAGUAAUGUGCACUGCAAAUCAUGUUGAGUAGAUGUUCCCACAAAGUUGGGGAAUACCUCAAAUCUGUUUCACCACCUGAAGCAGAGCACACGCAAUGCAAAAGGUUACAAACCCUGAGCGGAGCAAGUGCGAAGCAGCCCACGGCGCCUGUGCAGCCAAAACAGCUGACCAUUCAGUCCGUUAAUCUCUCGUGCAACGCCUCAUGACCAAAUGCCUAAGAGACGCAAAGACGUCACAGAUGCAGUAGCUUAUUGUAUUUCAAAAGACAUGCCACUAAUAAGCACUGUUAAAUUUGAUUUUUGAUAUCAUGAUAUAUAUUGAUAUGCACUGAUACAAAAAAAAUAUACCGUGAUAAACUUUUUCCCAUAUCGCCCAGCCCUAUAUCAAAUAUAGCACAUAGGCUGCAUCGAACCUGCCUAAAAGAGCAGUUUUGAUACCACAAAUAGCUUUAUUUUUACUACAGGUAGUUGAAGAUGCUUUAUAGGGCUUUCGUGAGUUGAUGUGUGUACCGAUGCGACUUCACCUCCAACAACCCGCUAACACUUUGACACUCACACAGGCAUGAGAGCUCGCCGGCUAAAUGAAGACGUGUGGAAGAAACCAUAAAACUGUUAGUGUGAGAACAGGAGAGGAGUCACGGUGCAGAGGGAAACAGAAAUGAACCCCUGAACCUCUCUCUUUAGUGCUUCACUACUUACCGCUCCCAUAAUAAGUGCAGCUUAUUCCUUUGUUUGUAUAAGAAAGGACAAAAUGAGGUAAUUAAACGGGUAAAUAAAUGCGUGUGUAGGCGUAAGAGCAUUUGUUAUAAGUCAGUUUUGUUAGUUUUACUGUAAACACAGUCACGUUUGAUUUCAGCAUUUCUAGCAGACAAACAAGAGCAGGUAAAAGAGCAGAGUGGGCGUCGUGCUGCGUCCCAGUGAAUGUGUUAAUCAGCCUGUCGCUCAGAGUUUAAUUAUGUCGAGUCUGAGAGCAGCAGUCGCUUCUAUGUUUGUGUAGCAUCAAAACGCGGCACGCUAAAGCCUCUGGGUAUUCUCUGAGUGGAGCCCGCCACUUUGUUCAGUUAUGUAUAGUAAGUGUGAGGCCGCUGAGUGAUCCCUCCCUGUUCAUCGUCAACACCAAUAACAGAGGGGCACACGCAGGUCACAGAUGAGAGCGGCAGGUGUCGGAGACGACCUCUUCUGUCCUUCGUACUAUUUAUAGAACAAAGAAAUGAAGUGCAAAUAAUCUCCUUCAGAUCUCUAAAAUUCCAAAUAUAAUUACUUCCUGUGCUCGGUCUGCAAAGUUUAUUCUGAUUUAAAGUACUUAGGUAGAGUAAAUAUCACAGUUGUCUCCUCAUUUUCACUCACAGUGUGUUUGUCUCCUUUCUGCUGCUUUUUUGCACAUAAAACACACACAAACACACACACACACUGGUGCACACACAAUGUAACAUGUCUAACAGAUGUAAUGGCUGUUGUGAAAACCCUGUCGCCUGCAUGUUUUUAUUUACAGAACCAAACUGCUGCUUUUUAAGCAGCGAUUAGGAGAUCAUUAUUACAGGCUGUUGUUUUUCACAGCGUAACUGAUAAACAGCAGAAUUUUACUGGUUUUAAAGAGCUGGGACGCUGUGUCAAAUUUGGAUGAAUUUGUUGGGUUCUGGAUGUUUAAUGAAAAGUCGUGCAGAGACAGCAUAUCGAAUGUUUGAGCUGAUAAUUUGCAGUUGAGAGUUAAAAAAAAAAAAGAUGAUUUUUAUGACUUUGAGACCGUUUAAGAGGACGAACACGGUCUUUUAGAAAUCAUGAAUCCUCCACUCUAAAGAGGACAGGGACUGUCUGGUUUGUUUUCAGUGCACAGUUCAAAAGACAGCAUCCAUGAUGGUAAGGUAUGGGUACAUUACACAUUCAGAGAGGCAGUGUUUUUAUUUAUUUUUUCCCUUUUAAGGAGAAAAAAAAUACAAAAAUAACCCCACGAAUACAGAUCAUACAGGUGCAAAACAAAACCAUCACAGUAAAGCUCAUCUUCAGUAAGGUAAACAGAUAAACAUACAGACAUAACAGGGCAGUAACUCAACUCAACUUUAUUUAUAUAGCACUUUACACACAACAGAGUUGAUCCAAAGUGCUUUACAACAACACAGAGGAAAAAAAACAAAACAAAAGACGAGAACAAACAGACGAUGAAGAAGAAGAGCAGACUGAGUGACAGAAAUAAUAAUGAUGAUAGCAAUAAAAAUAUUGUUUUUUCAUACCAUCACUAUCAUCAUUCAUAAUAGUAAUAAUAAAUAACAAUAAUAAUAAAAAUGAAAAUGACAACACAGAUCUACCGACCUACAUGGGAAACAGUUGAGAUAUAAGAGUUAGGGACAGUUAAAAGCUAGGGAGUAAAAGUGUUUUUUAAGAUGAGUCAUAAAAAUCUCAAUGGUGGGGGAGAAUCUGAUGGUGGGAGGAAGAGAAUUCCACAGUUUUCCACAGUCACAUGCAGUAUUUACACGGUCCAAAACAUAAAUCCUCCUAAAGAAUUUCCAGUAGUCCAGAAGUCAACUGAAGUUAUCCUGGAAGGUAAAAUACUUCACUAAAAAUAAUAGCAGAAAAAUAGAAAGAGAAAAAACAACAGAUGUAUAAUAAAUACAUAGAAAUAUUAGUUUGUUGAUGGUUUACAUACAAGGGGAACAUGUUUCCAAAGCUUUCCUUCCCUCUAAGAACAUCAUGAAAGAAUUCCACAUACUGUCAAAAAUGAAAUAUUUACCGUUUAAUGUAAAAGUACGUUUUUUCCAGUGCAAGAGAAUCUGACAGUUCUGCAAGUCAGACGCUUAGACUUAGUUUAGUCGUGGAUUUCCAAGAUUUGGAUACUGUAUAUUUAGCUUGUAACAUGCAAAAAGUGAUCAUGCAUUUGUUUGCUUUGCUAAGUUUAUAAUUUACGAGGAAAUAGAGAGGCGUUGUUGAUGUCAGACAAUAUGUGCAGAUUUGGAGCAACAAAUUCUUCCAUCCUGAAGACUCCUUUUUUCAGGAACGACCUUCAUAUUCCAGCAAGUUUACGCCAAACCACCUUAUCGUGGCUCUGUAGUAGAAGAGUCCUGGUGCUAAACUAGCCCAUUGUAGUUCCAACUUGACUCCCAUUAAAAGAAUGAAAUGAGUUCAAACAUUAGAUAUGCUGUCUUUUCUCUAUUUUCUAUAAUUUACAAACUUAGCGACAAGUGACACAGUGUACCUCGCCUCUUAUCGUUUGUGGUGCCGCUAACGUCGCUCCAGGGUUUUCACACAGGUGUACAUUUCUUUUAAAUGUACACACACUCAUGCCAGGAUCUGUUUGUGAUGAAUCAUGGCAUGGUGUGUAUGAAAAGCUAACCCUCACCCUGCACACCCCCUUCCCCUCCCGGCUCCCCCUCCUCCUCCUCACACAGGCUCGCUCUGCUCUGGGCUCUUCAGUGCCUCCGCCCUCGGGGUGUCCUGUAGCGCCCCCAACCUGCGGGAUUACGUCCGCACGCACCACCACCACUACCGAAAACCACCUCUGUCCCCCGGCAGUCUGCCGUGCCAGAUUGGCAUGUUUGGUAUGUUCACACACGAGGGGGGCUUUUUUUCCGGCUUUUCCACCUUUGAGGACGUCCCUCUGGCGUUUAGAAGAAUCCUCCUUUUCCGUCUUCUUCUUCUCGCUCCUCUGAGCUCUUAAUACUUUGAUUUUGGGACGUUUCAUAUUUGUUAACGAUCAAAGCUACCUUCUUUUUUUGAUGUUUGGAUCCCCAAACCGGAGCAGGAAUUUCAAUCUGUUGCGUCACACUUCUUGAGUGAUUUGUGAUUUCGCAGUGUGCAUGAGAAGGUCUCUAAUUUGACUGCAGAGUGAAUAAAUAUGCAGCUAACGGUCAGCAUGCGUUCGAUUUUGAGUCAUCCUGCAGGUUUUGGUAAUCAAUGAUAACACCACCUUCUGCCUGGGUUUUUUAACAUGUUGAAAUGCUCUCUCUCUCUCUCUCUCUCUCUGUGCAUGUUGUUUUUUGGUUCUAGCCACAUCCUCUCUCUGGGAAUUUAAUUUUAUAAUCCACGGCAAAGUCGUUUUUGUGUGUGGUAGCCAGAAGCAUGGCUUUCUUCAUUAAUCACUCUUUAUGGUAAUCCUUACAUUAAGAAACUCAGCCGGUUAUUUGGAACAGAUAUACUUUCAAGACUCAAUAAUCCACCUUUAAAUAAUCCCCACUCUCAUUCCUCCUCCACACUUUCUCCCUCAGCUUCAUGCUCUAAUGGUGAGUACAAACAAGCUGUUUCUGCAGCCAGCAGAGGUCCUUCCAGCAGGUGAAAUUCUCCCCAAACAUCUGGAUGGGAUAUCUUUUCAAAGCCUCUCUAAUCACGAGUUUUAAUGCUUUCCAAAGAUGACUGUGACACACCCUCAGGUGAAGUCAGUCUCUCUAGAAAAUUCCUCUCGGCUCUUCAAAGCUGCAGGGAUUUCUCUCCCUCCUCUCUGCGGGUUUCAAACACAUGUAGCUGAGCUGUUCGGUUUAUCCACCGGGUGUCACUCUGAGUGUGAGUUUACACUCCGCCAGCAGCUUCCAGAUGCUUCCUCUCUCAGUCGUGUUUUAGUCUCUGAGAGGCAGGUGAAGGUUUGGGCUGACGUCAGUGCUGUUCGUUUUAGGGGAGAGAAGGCAACAUCAGGAUAAACACCUCGGCUAAUUCACUGUGAGAGCGAAAAAGAGUUUACCUGAUGAGCGAGUGAAUUCAGUCCUGCAGUGUCGGUGAUGAUUGUACCAAAGUGCUCAGUAAUACUCCUCCUUCAUACCAGCUACCUUAUUUAUGUUUCGACUUAUUAAUAUGAGGAGCAGGCGGUGGGAAUCUUCCUCGUCAGAGUUGACCAUGUUUCCCCCAAACUCCAGAAAUUCAUGACCCCCUAACUGGUCAAUCCAUAAUUAUUAGACAUUUGAUCUAGGGCUGCACGAUUCAUCAAUUUUAAAUCAUAAUCGGAUUAUUUAAUCAAGAUGAUGUAAAAAAAAAAGGAAAAUAGCGAAAUCAAUUUCCUCUCAACCACUUACUGGCUUGGCAUAUGCUCUACAUCUUCUUCAGUGGUUUCGUUUUGAGAGAUGAUAGAAAAAGUUUUUAUUUGUAAAGUGAAGUUUGGUGAAGUUGUCACUAAAUAAAGAAUCAAAAUCAAAAAUCGAGUCUUCAAAGAAAAAAAAUCAGAGUUUAUUUUUGGCCAAAAUCAUGCAGCCCUGAUUUGAACAUCAUAACGGCGGCCAAACAACCACAGCGUUAUCCUUAAAUUAUUUUUAAAAAGGUCGAGAGAAAAGUAUUAGUCAUCUUGUGUUCAGACUGCAGCAGUGACUCUUGUCACUGAACAAUCAUGAUUUAUCAGCAGGAUUUCUUGAAUUUCAAACCCUUCCUUUGUUUCUGUUUUUAUUGAAGUGGAUCAAAUGUGCAGUUUUAGAUGAUUACACAUUUUUUCGGAGGUCGUUCUCUCGCUCUAUCUCAGGGGUUCUGGCCCCACCUUGAGAACCACUUCUUUUGUUUCAACCCUAAAUUGAUUUAUUUUAAAUUAUUUCAUAAUCAAUAUUUUCAUAUAGAACACAUACGUUUCCACAGAACAUUAACACUCUAAGGAACAUUUUAAAGUCUUUCAAUCAACUAUUUAGCAGUAUUGUUUCCUCUGCAGACGGCUGGUUUUAGUGAGUUAGCUGUACUUCUAUUGCAUCUGUCAAAUAAACACUUUCAGUAAUAAACAGACACUAUGGUAUAUAGUUUAAUGGUAUAUAAUAUAACAAAGAGCCACUUGUUUGUGUUCCCAGUUCAGGCGUAGACCUGUAAAACUGUAUGUUCGCCACAUUAGGGCCGAGUCAAGCGGGCUCCACCCCCUCCCCCCUUAUGUCUUUAAGCUAAGCUAACCAAGCCUCAUUUUGACCACACAGUCAUUAACAUUAGUGCAGAACAACAUUGUCUUCUAACUCUCAUCGAGAAAACGAGCGAAUCUUGAGGAAGACGUCCAAGGACGGGAAGAGGAGAGAUGGGAUCCAGUGAAAAGCGUCACUCCUCCAGCAUGUUUUCUGUCCAUCUUUCACUUCCUCCACUCCUCAACCUUUCCAUCCAUCCAUCCAUCCAUUUUCUCCGUUUAUCUCCUCUUUGUUUAUUCAGAGCUGAGCCUCUUUUUCACGCAUGCUGGUUGGCAGACUGAUGUUGAUGACUCGACAGGCCAGCUCUCUCUCUCUCCCUCUUUCUCUCUCUGGUUCUGUUGUUCUCUAUUUUUUCCCCCUCUUAUUUCAGUCUCACACAAACAGGCAGGCAAACAGGCUGGCAGACAGACACCAGCAGUCCCAGUAACACCAGUUACCUUUCUUAUCUCCUCAGAGCUGUUCUCUAUGCCGCCAGUAAAGAGAUUUUCUGUGUCGUUUGCCAGGCAUCCGACUAAUGGUAUGUCUGCUUUUAUUCAAGUUUGUUUCGACACUCCUCCAGUUUUUCCUGUUAUCAUGCAUGACCUUUUGUUGGGAAAACACUUCCUGUGUUUUAUGUCCUUGGGGGUUUGCGGUUUGACUGCGUUAAUUACAUUAAACGUCUCGACUGAAAUAGAAAAAUGUGGAGAGUUUCUGUUUCACCACACACCCUUGGUGUUCAGUGUCCCUUGUGUUGUUUUCAGCCUCCACCUCUAACACCACCCGCUCUGCUUGUUUAAUUCACCUCCCUUAUCCUGCUGAUCUUUACAGAUUGGAUUAAUUUAUGGUCUGUGUCUUUAUCUAAUAUUGAUUAUUGUAAUCGGAGAUCACAGUGGGAAGAUAAUCAGUCCUGUGCACAUCAUAACACGUCCUCACCAAAAAUGGUUUGUUGAUUUAUUUUUCUUUUUUUAAAACAACAACAAAUGUACUACUGAAGCAGCGUUGUCAUGAUGACAGCCAGCAUCACUGACGGGUGCACCUGUAACCACACCCACACAGUGAUGCCAGGGUGUGGCGUUAAACUAACAGAGGUCCCUCAGGUGAGAUCUCCAGGUGUGUUAGUUUACCCUUCGACCUGCAUGUGAGCCGCUCUCCAGCACGAAGGAGGAGCUCCUCACAAAAUCAGACGGAGAGAUGUUCUGAGAUGAACAUCAGGCGGUUUUGUGAACCUUUCCUCACUUAGAUGCUGGAUUGUAGCUUUGCAAACACACCAAACAACAACAACACAAAACAAGAGAAUCAUGUGUUCGAUUUAAUCAGUCAAUCAAUUCAGAUCAUGAAAAUUCUUCAUUAUUGAUUUCUGUCCCAAAUUUUUAUGGACUGAUUUUCCUAAUCAUCCAGUUCUUUGCUGGAAAUAUUUAGAUGUACUCAAAUACGUAGGCUUUGCAUUGUCUUCUAGGGCUGGGCGAUAAACCAAAAAUUUACCGGUACCGAAAUUUAAGAUAAUAACCGAUGUCAUUUUUCCCAUGUCAGUAUAUUCUGUGUUAAAAACAUAAAUAAAUAAAAGUUGGUUUUGGAUGUGUGUAGGUAGGCUAUGGUCUCAUGUCUCUUUUAAGACGCUUAAGACAUCAGAGACGUGACUCCACCCCAUCCAGUCCGUAACAAAGAGGGAAAGACAGGUGAGGAGAUGGAGGACAGUUCAAAAGUUGUAGCGGCUGAAGUAGACGAAGUUAAUGUGGGAGGGGGUGAGCAGCUUGUGGAGUAGUUAUCGUCCAUUUAUCGUUAUCGAGGUGAACUGCUCAAUAUAUCGUGAUAUUAAUUUAAGGCCAUAUCGCCCAGCCCUAACAUCUUCUAAAUUCUUCUCAUCUACUCAGCGCUGCUUUUCAAGAAAAUCUCAUUCUUGUAAUGACUGAUGCAGUUGGUUGGUCUGAUUAUUCAUUUCAAAAAGUUUCUGGAUCCAAGAAAAAAUGUCUUCUCAGAUUUGAAGGACAUUAAAGCUGCUGCUACGACCUUUUGGCUUGUGUUGAUUGGUGUCUGUUUGACUCUAAACCAGAAAAAAGAUCCUCAUAGUGCCUCUAAUAUCUCUGUGGAGUGAAAGUUGGAUCAACCAAAACAGUUUAAGGCCUCAUGUUUGACUCAGACAUGAUAAUUACCUUUUUUUUUUUUUUUUUAAUAAUCAGCUGUGAAAACUUAUUUUUCUGUUGCUGCCUUCUAAUGCAGAAACCCUCUUUAAUCUUUUUUCUCACAUUUCUCGUGAGAGGAAGUGUUUGCUUCACUCAACAGCAAAGGUGAUUCAAACAGAAACAGAGUAUGUUUACAUGCCGCUAAAAAAGCAACAAUGAUUUGUCGUGAUAUUUAUCUCAAAAUAUAUGCAAACACGUUAGUCUGAUUAAAACCGCACUUAACCUAAUUUGUCAUAGUUGGACUUAAUUUAUCAGGGGAUUGACUUCAUGCUCUAGUCGAGUCAAGCAGGUGUAGGUACCAGAUUUGUUCGGGCUGCCAGAUCAGCUCAGGGUCUGGUGCCUAUUGAUGACAUCACGCUAUAUGAUUGGCUGGAAGUUGGUUCGGAUGACGUAGAAGAUUGUGGUUGGUCCACACGUUACAGAAUUUUUGUUUUUAUUUGCUGGGUGGGAUUUCUGCGCUCGCUUCCUCAGGCUGGUUUUCACACAAAUGAUAUUAGAUCAAGUGUUGAAGGUAGACGACCAUCUGUUGUUUGUCAGCAACCCCAUGUCACUGAUACCAUCCAUCCUGUCUGAAUUAGAUCAUCUCAAGAGAGUGUCUGGCUGAAAUCUGAAGUCAGAGGAGAGUGAAGAUACAUCCCUCUUGGAUCGCACUUUGAGGCUGUUACAGUGUGUAAAUAGAUCAUUAAUGAUGCCACUUGUUAAAUGGAGUCUGAGUGACACUGAUGGACUAAAGAAGAGGCAAAUAAAGGCGACUCCAAAGUGUAGAAGUCCUUAAACGUUUAUUUGGAUAUGACUGGAUGAUAUUAAGUUCUCACUGGCUCAGAUAUGAUCAGCUGGCAUGUGUUGGCGGUCUUUUAAGCGCUGUCUGUACACGAGAAAUCGCAUGUUGUUGAAGCACGGGGAUCGUCUGUUUUGUUGAUUCAGACAGCGUCAAGAUAAUCCAGAAAUGUGGUGUGAAAUAUCAGAACAUCAGCUCCAAAUGGAAACAGUUUUUGCUGCAACGAUGUGGCCAAAAAAACAAAGAAAAGAAAUCCGUUUGUGCACUUCAGGCAAUGUUGGUGUAUUAACAAACAAAUUAGCAAUGAAUUCCCACAAGAUAGUUUCCACAUGGUGGGUGUGGAGCCUCUGGGCAUCCUGGAAGAGUUUGAGGUUGGAGAGGAGUUAAUCCAGAUGGUUGCUGGUCACCUACCUGGUUGAGUCAUGGAUCGAUUCCUAAAACUCAAGAACAAAUUAACUUUUAAAGAGUGAGGGGCUCACUGUUUCUGGACCAGGUUUUGGAGAAUUGUGUCCUCCAUCAUUGUUUCCCAUGCAGAUCCUUGUCCCUUGUGUGUUCGCACUAAACCCUGAUGUAAUCGAUUAUUGACGUGUAUCGACGACUUCUUUCAAAUGACCUCUUGUUAUCUGUUGUUUGAACUCUGUCUGCUCUAAAAUAGAAAAGAGCGAUGGUGACGGUUUUGUUGUUGAGGUUGAGUCACACGGAUGUGCUCAGGCCGGAAUCUUGGAGUUUAAGAGGUUCUGACCCGUAUUGAUUCCUGUAAAGAUCGACACACUUCAGACGCCGAGUUCUACCGAUACAAUCAGUGUCUUAAGGUCACCCCACUUUGUGUUCAGCUUCUAUCUUCCCUCUUCCUCCUCCUGCAACACCACACUCUCUCCUCCUCUGUUCUCCCUGCUCUGCCUCUCGCCCCUGUAGAGCCCCCAGAGCUGGCCCCGCUGGGGUUCGCCCCUCUGGCUGUUGACGGGAUCACAGCCCACCACCUGCGCCACUGUCCCUACCACCUCCGCUUCCUGAAGACCUGGCUGAUGUCUGGUCAGGAGCUGCCAGAAUCUCUGCACGGUCAGCCUCUGUAGACCCCUCUGGCUCUCCUCCCUCCAGCCCCAUCCAGCCUGCGUUGGGGCUUGUGGGACGCUGAUACUGCCAGUCGAGCUUUGCUUUGUCUGGUUUUCUGCUUCUGCUGUCUUCUUUUCCUUUAGUCUUCUUGUCACAUGUACAGCUCUGCUCCGCUUAAUGUCCAAAGGAAAACCUGUUCCUGUUUUCCUUUGUUUUUUUUUGGUGUGACUGUCAGAAAGUGUAACACCGGCUUUGAAGGAAGAAAAUGCUCCUUUCCGGCCUGCACACUGAAACACACAGUGAAUCUGAGGAUUACCUUUAACGUCUUUUAGAUUUUGGUUUCACUCAGAGCUGUGUGGUUUACUCUGUGCCUGCCUGUGUCGUUUAAAGGAAUGCAGUUUUCUCCCUCACUUAUUCUGAUUAUCGUGUUGAUUCUAAUAGAAAGUGGGUCUGCAAAGGUUUAAUAAUGAAGCUGAUGGGUAUUUGAGCUAGCUGUAGCUUCCUCCAUCUGUCAUCGUCUUAAUUAGCAAAGAAAAACAGACACCGACAUUAAAAAGAAAUCAUAAGCUUUGAGUCAGAAGAAUCCAGCUCACCUGGGACUGUUUGUGAUUCCCAUUACAGUGUCUAACAUCAGGAAAGGGAAGUACGGGGGAAAAGGGAUAAAUAAGACAAGAUUAUUUGAAGAUUUAAAUAGUUUAUACCACCUCCUGAAUCUGAAUCUAGAGUUUUAGACUUUUGCCACAUUUUCGCCCAAUAAACAAACUUUCCUUGUAAACUAAGCUGGGGUGACCAUAUUCUGAAUCCCCAAAAAGAGGACACUACUGUGAUGGACAAAACCCGGGACAUUUGAAGGAUUUUAUAAACUCCCCCGGACAAGGCUGGACAAGGUCAGACAGCCCCCCAAAAAAGAAGACAUGUCUGGGUAAAAGAGGACGUAUGGUCACCUUAACUAAGCUAGCACACAUAUGCUAUAUUAGAUGUCAAAUUUGGUUUAACACAGAAAAGAGAAUUUUCAGUGUAAGACCUGAGAUCAUGAACACUAUUUUACAUACCGGCAGAACUAGUUCGGCAUCAACAUCAGUAUCCCAAUAACACUCUUGGCUUUAACAUUUUAUGUCGUUUUUUUUUUUUUUUUUGUCGCCGCACGCUUGAUUAAGAAUAACUCAACGUCGGCAUCGCUUCUCUGUCAUUUUACUAGUUCAAAAAAGGGCGGGGCUUUAAACCAGCUGUGUCAACAACAAUGGUGGAGGAAACUAACCAGGACACAGUUUCAUGGCCCAGAGCAGGCUGCAACUUCCUGUGUUUAGAAAUAAGGCUAAUGCGGAAAUUUAAUAAAACUGCAGUUCCUCUAGAGUCCACUAGAGGCUGGCUCCUAAAGCAACACAAGCCACAUACACACCCAUUUAAAAAAGGAUCCUCACAGCAAAAAUAAACACAUUUACAGUCUGGUACAAAAAUCUGUUUCAGUCUAACUGAUUUCUCUAACUGCACUCACUAAAUGGGGAUUAUUACAUGUUUUUAUAACUUCUAGUUUUAAAGAUUUGAAACUUGCCUCAAGUCCACCUCUUUGCCACUUGGUAGGUUUGCCAAAAGUUAGGUCGAGUAAAUGUUUCGGACACAGUAACCACUCUUAACGGGCUUCAAACUCAGAAAUCAGUAGGUGGCAUCACUGAGAUUACACCCAUGAUUUCUACUGUGUAUGGUCUGCUCAUGCUACAACAUGAUUCCACAUAUUCCUGUGUUCUUCUUGGCAAAAUACAAAUGAAAAUACAAAUAAAUGAAGCAUAUGAGCUUUGAGCUUUGAGCUUUGUAACCCAGCAACAGUGAGCACAGGAGAACUGCUCUAUGAUCGAGGCCAGAGCAAAAAAGCUGCAUCUAAAGACAAACGGACCUUAUUAUCCUUAAAGAGGGUUAAUGAAAAGUCCACAUGUGCUGGGCAGACAUUUGAAGACCAGAACCUCUUCACUGGAGGAGUCGUGCACGCUCCGUCCUGAGCACCGUGCACGGACAGAACGGCCCUGACAUUUGUUCAGUAACAAGCUCUGUGGGAACGCGUCGGAUACUGAUGGCACCAAUUUAGCCUUCGCACCAGGAGGGUCACAACUGGGCACUGCUGUCUCCCCCCGAGGCUCUCGAAAUAUGUUUCCCGGCUAAGAGGCAGAUAUUUGAGCGUCUGCUGCAGAAAUGUGGGCCAUCAUCCCAUCCCUCAUUUGAAUUGACUGAUUAAGUGGUGUCUUGUUCAUAAACGGGUGAUUUAGCUAAGAGUUUCUGGAGCGUGUCUUGGCAUAAAUGGCUCUCUAACCGAGCUCUACGGUUCUCCUCCUGCAGAAAGAAAAUACAGAGUGCGAUGAGUUUAAAAUGCUUUCAUUUCACAACUAAAGCUCGGAUUAUUCGUGUUUUUCUUUAUUUUAAUAGAACCAUCAUCUCUUUCCCAUGCUGCUGUCUUGGUGUUCAGACGUGUUUGUAAAUGUUGGAGUGAACGGUGCAGCGUUUCCUGCUCCCGCUGCAUCUGGUGUGUGAGCUGAAUUUGAUAUCCACACUGAGAGGCUGCAGCAGAGAUAGGGAGGAGUAGGAGGCAAUAAAUGCCAUCUUAUGUCAUUUUUAUACCACUCUUGCUUUAGAGCACAGUGACAAAAAAGAGAGGAAACAGUUGGAGGUGAGGAUUAAUGUCAGCUAACAAACGUAAAGAGCGAGAUCAAAGUCUGCUUCUGCCACUGAAACACUUCCUCCUGAGGCUUUGUAUUAUCAAUUUAAGUUAGGUAGGUGUUAUAUUUCUGCUGUCAUCAAAGCCUCGGCACCAUGAGGCAGAGAUGUUACCCUCUCUGAUGAAUAAAGAUGCUUUGGCCGUCAUCCAGUAAAAAAGAAAUGAAGGAAAAAUACAGUCAUAAAAAAAUCAUCUGUCCACAGUUCACACAAGGUCUGUGGCUGAGUAGCUCAUGAUUGAUCCCAGGGAGGAGCUUUGACUGGUUUUUGUGCUUUAACUGCAGUUUAUUCCGCUUGCGUCUUUAAAUCAGACGACUUCUUUCAGGAAGUAGCCACAGAAAGAUCUGGAGUCACGGCACAUUAAUCAUGAAGAAACACGAGGCUGACCAGCGUACUCCGGGGAUACGGAUGAACUGGAACCUCCAUCCAUUUUCCUUUUUUUAUAUAUUCUCGUGGUAUCUCAUCGCUUUGUCAUGAUCGUGAUGUUCUUUUAUCGGGCGUACAUGCCUUGGCACCGCUAUUUGUUUUAUGCUGUUUUAAAGGGAUGUUACGGCGUAAAAUUAAGUUAUGGUCAAACACACCGAAACACAGAGUUAGACACACCCUCGCAAGAUUAAUUUUGGGAGCCCUGACGAGUCACAGAGUGCAGCCAUUAUUUCCAUUAAGUAUUAAUCAUCAUAAUAAUCAUUUUGCACUGCAGACGUGCUAAUUCUUCUGCCUUACCCCCAAUUUCCACCACAUCCGGAAUGGCUAAUUCAUACCGGAUCCCUUUGUGAGGUAAAUUCAUGGCCAAUUUUUGACAGUGGGAAUCGCGAGAACUCGCAAGAACCCGUGGAUUCAUGUACAAUCCCAAUCGCGAUACCGAGUUGUCUCUAUAAAGACAACCACAUAACCAUAUAAGCAGUAGAUUGUGUCCUUCCAGAGGAGGAGAUCCACUUCUUGACUUUUAGAAUCAGCAUCUCCUCAUCCUUAAUGUCAUCGGGGUGGAAUGCUGUCUAAAAACCUUUCACUUGUUUGUCCCUCCCUGUUUGCAUGAUGUGAAAUACGAUCAGCCUGUUUUAUUUUGUGUCUCUGCCUGACUUCCUUUCCAGUACGGACUAAUUUGUGCUGAGUUUAUCCGGCAUGCUCCGGUGUUCAGAAAAAGUAGAACUCUUGCGAUCAGCUGCAGAGCCCGCUGAUCAGCAGCGGAACGGAAAGAAACCGGUGGAAAAUGACACAUUAUCUUGAAUGGAAAUGAUCAGCUGCGAUCGGUGCCUACGGCCUUUUCGCUGCUGUUCUGGAUGCCGUGGAAAUUUGGGGUUAGUGUCUCGAUCUGAUUGCAUUUCCAUAAAGAAAUUAUCAUAAAUGUUUUUCCUUGAGCUGCGAAACUCCCCUACACUUGGUGAUCGACUCGUCAGGGCUGCUGGAAGAGAGUGGGUGAGUUGUGUUUGGUCUCUUUGCUAAAGAAAUCAGACAAAGUUAAAAAGAUGUUUGGUGGCUUGUACUAUGGCUGGGACCCUAUAUGUCCUGUUGAUGAAGUUAGGUGCUGUUCUGAGCAUUAUUUGUGGUUAUAGAGUGGCGUUUUGGUCGAGGUUUGAGCAUGGAGACGUAGACCACUGUGUCGUUACUAAAGUUGGUAUAACUAGAGAAGCAAGCGGUCGGCAACGUUCAUCUCUCAAGGGGGUGUCUAACUCGGUGUUAUGGUCCGUUAGACCACUGUUAGAUCACUCUGGAAUUCCCUUUAAACAUAAACAGAUGUGUUUUAAUUGAAGCUACAGUGAGAAUGUUUGUGUUUAUGUGGGUGUUUGGCGCCCCCUGUGGUCAAAGAAGUACCAUUAAUCUCUGUGUUGAACUUGUCCUGCUUUCUUUAAACAUUUUAAUUAAUUUUUCCCUCAGUAGAUAAUAGUUGUUGUUUGAUCACAUUCGUCCACUGCACAUCACACGGCAGUCGAUCCCUUAGGUCUGACUAACCAGACUGCAGGUUUGGUUUGUUGGUGUAGAAACAUUUAACCAGCUGCUGUAGCACUAAUUUCUGACCUUAAAGUAGCUUUGAACUCCAGCAGGAGAUGAGUAGAGACGUCUGUGUGAUGUCUGUGCUUGUUUUUUUCGUGUGACUUUGACUUAAAGAACGGCCAACAUGCACAGAGAGCUGUAGUGUCACUCCUCCUCCUCCUCCUCCUCCUCUUCUUCUGUGUGAUGGAGAAGUCGUACGAGCAGCUGUGUUUUCUGUCUCUUCUGUUUGCGCUGCAGGCUUUGAAGGCUGCUCCAUGGUGCCCUCCAUCUACCCGCUGGAGACGCUGCACAACUCGCUGUCACUGAAGCAGGUGGACGAGUUCCUCAACACGGUGUGUGAGAGCAGCAGCGAGGCCCACGCCAAAACAAUGAAAGGUAAGCUGUCUGGAAAAAAACGACACCGUUCUAAGUUCUUCGUGAGUAAAUUCAGGAGAAAACGACAUUUCUUGUAAGCAUCUGCGCCAUUGUUACUCCAAGGCUGCAAUUCAUUGAUUUAAAGGUAAUACUAAGAGGAAAAGAAGGUUUCUACUCUCCUCUAUCAACAGAAGUGAGGUUGGCUUUAUAUUCCAGCUCAGCGUAUCUGCAGUAAAACCCUGAGAUCUACUGCUAACUUCACAGACCAGAGAAAACAGGACAGGAGGAACACUGUCCGGUACUUUAAGGCUUCAUAUCAUCUCCAAAUAUUCUGAGUUUGUGUUGGAGUGGAAUUAACAGGAAGUCAAGUAAUCACGACUGAAGAGCGAGUACAAUUUCAAUCAAGAGAAAAUGAAUUAAUCCACCGUCACCUGCAUAAAAUGGCAGGUUUGAGACUAAUUUGGCACUAAAUGGAGAAAUAUAGGGCUGAGCGAUAAAACAAAAAAAUGUACUGAUACCAAAAUUUAUGACAGUAACCAACAUCAUUUUGCCCAUAUCGGUAUGAUCGGUGUAAAAAAAAUGAAUAAAUAAAGGUUAGUUUGAUGUGUGAAGGUAGGUUAUGGUCUCAUGUCCCUUUUAAGACGCUGUCCUACGUCAGAGAUGGAGGACGGUUCAAAAGUCGUAGCGGCUGAAGAAGAUAAAGUUAAUGUUGGAGGGGGUGAGCAGCUUGUGGAGGUGUUAUCAUCCAUUUAUCGUUAUUGAGGUGAAAUCGUGAUACUGAUUUGAGGCCAUAUCGCCCAGCCGUAUAGAAAUGGAGGUAUAGAUUUUUGUAUAACUCCAUUUUGAGGACAAACUAUCAAUGUAAGACCCUCUUAGUAAACUUUCACUAACAGUUAUAUUUUAAUUAUUUGCAAUAGGAGCAUAUCUAAGAAAACUGCUGAAGUUAAAGCAUCCAUCAGUAUAUUAAAGGGACGGCAUCUUAAUCAAAAACAUCAUGACGUCUUCACCAGGAACUUUCUGACCAUUACAAAUGCUCCCAGUCCCCCUAGUGGUCACCUUUCUCUCUGUGUCAUUGUGUCAUUGUGGUCUUCUGUAAAGCUAGUUAUGCUAGUUUGAUCAAUCAUGUUUUAGCAGCAGCUGGCAUUCAUGCUUCAUGUUUUUUUAGUCUUUUCAUGAUGAACUAUUAAUUAGAAAACAGGUUUGAGAUAGGCUUCAGCAAUGACAACAACUGCAUGAACUCCUCGCUUUCUUAAAAAAUCAAAAACUACUCAUAAAUUAGAAAGUCAUGACUCAUCCCUCAAGUGUUGAAAACUUACAGUUCUGGUGAAUUUGAACAAGUAAAUUCCAGUCUAUGUGUAAAACAAUUUCUUCUGGAUAUGCACUUGUACGCAGACUAAAAAAGGGUUUGUAUGAUUAUUUAAAUAUUGUAUAUUUUGUGAUAUUAUCUUCUCUGAAUGAGAAUGACAGAAGGACUGAACAGUGAGGAUGCUGCAAAAAUGAAAUCAAUCAUCUCUGCACUGUGUUCCCGUAGAGACUAAUGACCUUUUAGUUUCUGGUUUUGGAGCGUCUGAUCGUGAUGUUGUUUUUGUUUCUGUCCUCGCUCCAGCGCUCUCCAGCCUCUUCGACUCUCAGAGCCAGACGUCUCUGUACAGCCCUCAGCAGGCGCUGUCCUCCUCUGGAUCGGAAACUUCUCUGCGGCCACCGAGCCAGCCUCUGUGGCGUGAGUGUUGAUUUCAUUUUCAGGGAUUUUUCUGGUAUUUUGCAGCUUGUAAUGAAGCUCUGAUGGAAACCUCACGGUGCUGGUGCCUCAGAAAUGAAAAUGAUGCCAAUGAGUUACUGAGAUAUUUAUUUAACAUACACAUUAGGGGCACUUAUGUAAUCAAUUUCAUUAGAUAUAAGGGCUGGAUGGUGAUGGCAAAAAAAUAAUCCUGAUUAUUUUGACUGAUAUUGAAAUCAUGAAUAAUAAACACGAUUAUUCAUUGGUUUCAAAACUUGAGAAUUAAUUGAAUCACCAAAACUUUACUUUAAAUCUAACUUAAAAUAACAGCCAGAAAUGAAUUAGUAAUGAGUAAACAAGUAAAAAAAUAAUAACAGUAGUAAAUUCAAAUAAUGAUAACAAUAAAAACCAUAAAUAAAAAUAAAUACCCAAUCUACAUGCACUCCAAAAAACACCAAUAACACAGCCAAAAAAACAACAACAAAGUACUCUUUGAAAGUUUAAAAAAAAAACUUUUUAAUAACAAAAAGGAUUGGCCACAAAGUGUUUUACUUCCUCAGCUGUGUGAUCGCCGACUACUUGCCAAUGCUAAUACUCAGCAUGCGCGUUCUGUAGUGCAGAGCCCAUGUGUGGGUACAUGUACGGCUUUAUUCAGCUGUGGUGGUGCGCCACGAUCAUCAGCAUAUGGGGAAAACUCUGAAGUUGGUUGUGUUGUCUUGUGGAGCCAACAAAGUGUUUCCAGAUAACUGAAGUUGUCCUACCUUUCUUCUCAACCAGAGGCUGCCUUUCUGCCAUGUUUUCAAUCGCUCGCUCCUCAUAUUAUUGAUCCACACACAUCACACUUACAGCAGCUGCACGUAACAGGGGUGCAUUCAACGGGUUUCUCCAGCACAGCAACCGCAGCGUGCGUCACAUCAAUUGUUUAUCUUCGAUUAUAAUGUUUUUAUGAUCGAGAUUAGCCAAAAUCGAAAUCAUGAUAAAAAAUUUAUCGUCUAGCACUAAUAGAUAUAUUUUACAUUAGGGCUGGGUGAUAAACCAAAAAUCUACCAAUACGGAAAUUUACAAGAUUAAACAACGUCAUUUUGCCAUUGCCAAUAUAUUUGGUGUCUAAAUAAAUCAAAACAUAAAAGUUGGUUUUGGAUGUGUGUAGGUAGCCUAUGGUCUCAUGUCCCUUUAAGAUGCUGUCCUCCAUCAGAGACGUGACUCCACCCCUUCCAGUCUGUAACAAAGAGGGAAAGACAGGUGAGGAGAUGGAGGACGGUGAAGUAGACGAAGUUAAUGUGGGAGGGGGUGAGCAGCUUGUGGACAAGUUAUCGUCCAUUUAUCGUUAUCGAGGUGAACUGUUCAAUAUAUCCUGAUAUUGAUAUGAGACCAUAUCGCCCAGCUCUAUUUCAAAUUCAGAAUAGGAGACUGAUUUGAGCAGCAGUGAUGUUGUUAUACCUCCUGAGAACCAGUGUUCGUGGUCAAAAUACUCCAUGUUUCCCUCAUGUAGUGCAGCUCCUGCUCCUCGGUAUCAGAUCAGUUUCAGUUUCAGCAGAGAACACGUCUUUUUAAUCAUCAGCUCUUCCUCUAAAGCUGCUCUGCAGAUGGACUUUCGCUGUACUCGACAACUCCCCUGUGUAAAAAUGAGUAAGUGUGAGAAUGAGAGGAGAGUGAUGCUGAGGGAGACUGUGCACGCUCAGCAAAAACCAGCGUUCAGGGUGAAAAACCUGCGCCCUCAGAUGACCCCCGUGUAACUGAUAGUAUCUGUAACCACUGCAGAUAAAUGAUCACCUAUCAGGGCGCAUCUGCUCAGCGUAUAGUUGUGUAUCAGGGCUGAGAUCAGGAGGAAGGUUUGUGUCCUUUAACACCCGCGGAUCUUAAAAGUACGUUCUGUUAUUACAGACAAGAAAGGCUGCUGUGAGGAGAAAACCUUCAGUGUGCUAAACAAAGCUGCUUUCUGUACUAAUUAGCAAUAGAAAGUAAAAUAUUCAAGAGAUAAUAACUAAGGAGAGAAAAACAGCCAACUGUCUUUGAAAGUUGUUUGAGGGAUUCAGUCCGGAUAAUUUACCGUCUACAAAGUGAAGGAGGAACGAUAGAGAGACGCCUCACCUGAUAAAACGUUCACAAAAACAGGAAAUAAAUGUAGUGAUCAGUUUAAACUGUUUUUAUUAUGGUCUUAAAAAGUCUUUAAUUUGACUUGUUGAAACCCGCAGAAACCCUGUAUAUACCAGAUAAUAGGAAUUGAUCCUACAUAGGCUUAAGCCUUCAUACACGAGUAACUCCUGGUCCUCUAGGCAACACAAGAAGAUAUUUUUUUUUCAGGUUUAAAGACUCAGAGUGAAACAUCUGUGUGUCUACAGCUGAUCUGAGAUCCACCGACACCCUAAAGUCUUAGAUUUGCGUCAUUUUCAUACCAAAAUUGCCGAGAAGCUGGCAUCUGUUCCUGGAAGCAUAUCUGAUCUCUGAGAUCACCAGACAAUGAAUAUUUAAAGCCUCCAUCCUUACGAAUGGGUUUGAUAUUUAUGAACACAUGAAUUAAAGACCCGAAAUGUCAGAGAAGCUGAUUUCCAGCAGAAUGUGACGCCCUGGCAGGUCUUUCUGUUGGAUCGGCGACACACAUAAAACUUCCAUCAGGCCUCGGAGAGAACAAUCAAACCUCUCUCUCUUUUUUACCUCCUCUUCCUCUUCCUCUUCCUCUUCCCUCUGGGUGGUUAGCCGACUGUUUUAUCCCCCUGCCAGUGCGGAUGAUUGAUGAAGUGUCCAGCUCCCCGUUUUUCAUCUCCACGCCCGUGUGUGUGUGUGUAUUUUAUUUACAUUGUUGGCAUCUGUUGUGGAUAUUUUUCCGUCUUUCUUUCUAUCUGCUCCAGACCAGGUUCACGGUAACAGCCGGUAACUCAAUUAGCUUCGUUCGUCCCCCUUUGUGCGGCAGACGGGCGGGGGCGCCGGAGGUUAAAUCUGGUUAAGUGCGACACUCCUAUUGGCUGUAGUUACAGGACAGCUGAGUGAUGCGAUCGGAGUAAAACAAGCAUAAAACAUCUGUCGUUGUUCAUCAUCACUCUAAAAAUCCUGAAAUGUUAAUGAAUUUGUUGAUUAAUGAACGCUGAGAGUCUCGUCUCUUUAAGUUCUCGGUGUACGUCUGAUCACCGUUACACACUCUGACGUACGUGUGGCUCGAUUUAUGAAACCAAAAACACUGUUUUUAUCAAGUUCUCCAUGGUAACAGAGGAUGAUGUGGCGAGAGGAUGACGCUGUUUAUGUACUAGAUCAACUCAGCCCUCUUUUUUUUUUUUUUUAUUCACUUCAUGUCCCCCCUCGCCGUGACGCACAGUAACAAAUUCUGAAAACGCACUCUCAGUGAUGAACACUCGAGUUGCUAACGUGUUUUAUAAGAAACUGUUUUCAGACGUUUUGUGUCCGUGCUUUGAAAUCUGCGUUCCUUAAAGAUGGCUGUCUGUGUUGUUUUAUUCAAAGAUGGCAGCAUCCCCUCCAGCGCCGUAUCCAGCGCCGGCCCCUCCUCCCCGAUCACCGAGAGCUCCGGCCUGAACUUCAGCUUCAGUGAGUAGACAGGCAGCCUGAAAAUCACAAAGACUUCUGGGUAUUCAAGGGCUCCUACUCGAGACUUCUCUGUCUCUUCCUGUUUUUGAUUCAUCUUUCUCUCCUGCUCACAUUCACAAAAAAAACAAAAAUCACUGGAGGAGAGACUCGCAGAGAGGCCACUCUGCCUCGGGUGUUACGAAACACUCAGACUGUAAAUAAAACGGAGCUCCUGAUUUCUGAUCACCGGGGAAACAAAAGGAGACAGAAACACUUCAGACAUUCACUUCACAAUCCUCUCCACUGAGCCGCAGAGCAUCAAGCCAACAUCCACGCCAGUUGUGCCUUCAGUUUAAUUAAGACGCUGCCUACGCUGGAAACACCGUCGGCGCCUGCUGUUCCUCCAAAAAAUGCUCUUCAACCAAAUAUGUCACGCACCAGCUGCCUCAGUCCUGAUCUCAGGCAUGUACGACCGAGAAAUACAUCACAGACAGGGAGUCCGAGCGUCAGCGCUUAUCGAUUUUAAUUUGUUGUUCUUCACUUUUCUGCUGAAGCUGCAGCUCAAGAAAAAACAUCCACUUAAAUUCAGUGACAUUUGUCCUCUCUGCUGCUUUUUACGCUUGUGUUGUUUUUCAGCCACAUGUAGUUAAAAGUUAAAGCUCAGAGGAAAAGUCUGACAUUUUGGCCAAUGUGCUUGUUUAUUUCUUUUAUUUAACCAGGAGUUAAACAGACGGGCUGGACGUUUAGCUGCAGCCUGUUAACUCAGCUCUGGAACAAACAGGGAACUGUUGUGGUUUUUAAUUGUAUCUCCAAGGUAAUGCUUUUGCUGUUUGUUCAGGAAGGCAGCUGAAGAGAUACAGGAAACCAGAAGGGGAAGAAAAAGUGUACGGAAGACGAUCAGGG